GCCAGGCAGGCAAGAGCACAGCGCGCUGAAUGCAGGUGAGCGGGGGGAACUGCAGGGGGCGCUGCGGGGCGCGCUUUGUCCGGGCAUGCCGUGCCACAUGGGGAACCUGGGGGGGGGGGGGGGGCUGGCUUUGUGGGCACCCACCUAUUAUUGUAGUGUGCGGUAUGAUGGAUAGGGGAGACAGUUCUAACUUGGUGCUGGUUUUCACAUCCCUUAACUUGUAGAAUAGGUUUUGUUUUUUUUUUGUAUAAAAACCCCAUUUUGUGCCUAUCUGGCCUUUUUUUUUUUUCUAUGAGGCAAAUGCUUGUAUUAUUAACCCCCUGCCCAGGGUACUGGCCUAGUGUGCAAGGAGCCUUUCAUGGGGCAACCCGAACAGGCCUUGCUUAGAUUUUUAACAAAUGUACUUUUAUACAGUAUUUAAAAUUAUAUCUUUUUUUUUUUUUUUUUUUUUAAAUCAUUUAAAACUUUUGAAAGUGGUACAGUAUUUGCCAAGUUUAAAAUCUCCUGAAUCUAGAGCAAGGCAAACUAACUGUAACACAGUUAUCAAAAUUGAAAGUCUAUAUAGGUUUGAUAUCUGUGGGUUCUUAUUGAACUUUCUGAAUAUUGUUCUGCAAUUUUUCUCUAUUAUUUUGCACCAGCAAUUCAAGUUGUUACCCCUUCUCACCAGUUUUAAUAUCCCAUCUCACUUUUUUAAAUGGGUUUAAAUUUGAGUCCUAAGGAAAACAAAAUCCUGAAUUUAAUGCUUCAUAAUAUAAUCUAGUGGCCAUAUAGGUUUUAUACCAAUAUGUAAACUAGAUUUUGAAAAUAUCUUAAUGCAAUCUAUAUAUUGUAAAGUGCUACGAAAUCUGUUGGCGCUAUAUAAAUGGCGAUGAUGAUAAUACUAAUAGUUGGCCUAUAUGAUGUAUAUCAUUCUGCACUAUGUAUAAAAGCAUACAGAAAACAAAUCUAUUUUCCUCCUUCCCCUAGAUUAUAAAACUCAGAAUGUUUAAACUAGUGACUAUUGAAUAUCCAUGUGGUCUGAAUGGGCAGAGUUUCAAAUUUAAAGGAUGCCCCCUUAAAAUGUAAUGUGAAAAUAGGUUUGUUUUUGUUUUUUUUUGUCUUUAAAAAUAUCUAAAAUGCUCUGCUCCAGGAUUUUGCUGAAACUUUGUAGUCACACAAUUCAAUGUGAAUUUGAGAAUUUUAUUUUUCUAUAGCAGAUCUAUUAUAUUAUUCUAAGCUCUAAAUCAUUCCUAGAGAGCCAGGUCUAUCAUAACAAUUCCAUUAUGGAGCUUAGAGAAGGAGAAUAAGAAGCAUGCUACCUGUGGAAAAUUCUAGAAAGGAGUUAAAUAGUAGAGGUUUUUUAAAAAAAAAAAAAAAAAAAAAAAAAAGUUGUAACACAGACUAGAGAAAUGUCAUUGUUUACAAACAGCCUCCACAUUAUUUUUUGAGGAUUGGACAACUAGAUGUAUCUGACUGUUCUCUUUGCUUCAUUUCUAAGUGUUUACUUUGUUGUGGGCCUCCCAGAUGUCAACAUAUACACAUGAAGCAAAAAAAUGUGCUUCACGCUAUGCGUAGUGGUGAUUGCAUAACCUCUCGGUGUGUUUAUUUUUUUAAAUUUUUUUUUUUUUUUUUUUUUUGGUCUAUAUGUUUAAUCACAUGAUAAAAGUGGGAGCUAAAGGAAGGAAGAGGAGGGGGCAGAUGCACACUGACUAGGCCUGCAAGAAAAAAGGCAGAGGGAGGGAUUAUUCUUUCAGCAGUCAACAAUGUAGGAUUUUUUUUUCUUCUAUUUUUAAUUUAGUCCUCCCACUACCCAAGUGUGUUGUGGUUUUUCUUUUUCUUCUCCUAAAAUUGGUGUGCUUUGUUAAAUUGUCUUAUACGCUUUCCCACCUUGCUUCAGUUAUUGUAAUUUUGUUGUUGUUCUUGAGUUGUUUGUGUAGGUCUGAGAUCACAGACUGCAGAUGUGUUUACAUGAACAAGGCUCUUAUCUUGAUUUUUUUAUUUUUAUUUUUUUCCUUCUUUUUAGAGUUCCAAUAAAAAAAGUAAACUUAUUCUAAUCUGCACCCAUUAUUGCUUUAAUUUCCUCUCUCUCAAUGUUAUCAGUUUAAUGAUCCCUUUAAAUUUUUGGUGGGGGGGAAUAUUUUUUUUUUUUUUUUGUCUUGUAUAAGGCAUUCAUUGAUUGCUCUAUGGCUUACAUUAUAAACUAAAACUUGUCCCGCUCCAGAGAGAAAAAUAUGUAUUUGAAGCAGAAUUACUGUAUUUUGCAAAGGCUAAAAGUUGCUCACAUGAAGCGUUACUAUAUCUAUUUGUGUGAUGCAUGCACUAGAAGUCAGUUUUAUGAGGCUUGUGUAAAAGUGAAAACCGGGAUUAAUUUUAUAAUAGAUUACAGCUACCAUAUUUAUGUUCCACGUAACACAUUUUGUUACCACAAGCUAAGAUUGUCCUGUUGUGGGAAAUGAUGACAAAAGCUGAAUGGCUGCUCUGAAAUCCUGUUCCAAGUGUCAGUCUUUCACAAAUGUAACUAAACAUUGUGUUUUUUAUUAACAUUACCUAUCAUUUAUAAAACUGGUGAUCCUUUUUAAAGGAACACUGUUUAAAACCUUAAAUAAUAAAAAGAAAUAUAAUUUAACAUUGGUAUUCAUUACUGGGGUCCUCCUUGUUGUGGAAGAAGAGGAAAAAUUGUAUAGAACAUGCCUUUGUUCCAAAGCUGGGGCAGUCUCCUCUUCGCAGGCGCUCUCUGCCGAUGGUCAUGUAAUAGCUGAUGACUUUUGUCCAGUCAAUUGCUUCUCAUAGAGAAGCAUUGGGGACAUAGGGUGUAUGUGUGACAAUUGCUGGAUUUUGCCAAUCCAAUGCUUCUUGUAGAGCAGUUCUGAAUCCAAUGCUGCUCUAGCAAAAUUAUGCGGGUUUGGGAUCAUUGUGCUCGGUGUAAAGCUCUUUGAUUUUCAAAGGUCUUUGCGUGGAAGUCCCUCUAACAGCUAUUAGACUGACAGCUGCUGGAGGUGUGCUACCAGACAAACUUAAACAUUUUUGUUUCUCAGAAUCGCCAAUAUCUGCCAUUGCCAAUCAAAAGGGGCAGCAUCUAUGCAUUACUACAUCACGUGGUUUGGAUGCUUAUUGUCCAUUUAAACCUACACCUGGCUGCACAUAUGCAGAUUUUUUUUUUUUAGCACAUUUUUAUUAUUUGAUAGGUUAUUAGAAUGCAAUCUCCUAUUUCCAAAGUUCACUCUACAGAUUAUAAGGACUUUAGCUUUGUCUUAAAGCCAAGUCUUAUCCCAGUAGACCUUCAUUAGUCAAGCUUCCUUUGUACUGAGACAAAGGUAUAUAAUUACAACCGUGGAGCAAAUAUAAACCUUGAGUUUUAUCAGGCUGAGUGAAAAAGCAAAAACACAGGACUCAAUAUUACUACAAAUUUGGGUUACAGUAUUCUCUAAAAUAUGUAGGGCUGUUUUAGCAGUUUGUAAAAUGACAGCCAUAUGAUCAAAACAGUGUUGAGACUUCCUGUUUACUGCAUUUUGUUAAAAUGUUUAUCAUGCAAAAGUAACAAGGCACUCUCAAGUCAUUUACAUAUACCUCUUAUAUUUCUGUUUUAAUGUGAUGCAUGUAUCCCCCUGAUCAGAGGCAGCAGGCCUGAUGUUGUGCCAAGUUCUUUAUCUAGUCAUCAAGGCUCACCAAAUUCAGGAUUUAGGCAUUCCACAUUUCUCUUCCAAUUUGGUUAAUGAAAAAAUAUGUAAGUGUUGGAUGAGUUUUUAUUUUUUUUAAACAAUUCUGAAGUAGCAAUACCAUCUUGUCUGAAGGUUUAUUUUUUACUUAUAUUUUUUUAUUAUGCAAGCCUUAAGGUGAAACAGAACAUUCUAUGAUUUAAAAAAAAAAAAAAAAAAAAUAGUUGAAUGGUCGGUUCAACCUGUUUUAAUCACAAGGUUUACAAGUGGUCCAAUGAACCAAGCCCUCAUCUCCUCGCGUCCCCCCCCCCUUAGCUCUCUUAAAAGGAAUUAAAACUCUCCUUAUUCCCAGCGCUGUGUGGGUCUGCUGGUGCUGGUCCCACCUCCUUGGUGCCAUCAGAAUUGCCAUGGGGGAAAGCAUUGGAUUUACUAAAAUCAGUAAGGGGGCGGGGCCAAAUGCCAUUUUGACCAAUCGGCACCUCUCAUAGAGAUGCAUUGAAUCAGUGCAUCUCUAUGAGGAAAAUUCAGCGUCCCCAUGCAGAGCCUACUGUGCAGCCCUGAGCCAGGAAGCUCCUCCAGUGGCCAUCUGAGGAGUAGCCACUUGGAGUCCCAAUGUAAACACUGCCUUUUCUCUGAAAUGCCUGCACAUAGACAAAUAUGCUCACUGACACCACACACACACACUUCAAAUUGAUCAGUUUUACAUUCAAAUGCCUGCAUAUAAUUUUAUACUCGCCAGAACAACUACAUUAAAGGACCACUAUAGGCACCCAGACCACUUCAGCUUAAUGAGGUGGUCUGGGUGCCUGGUACAGCUACGUUUAACCAUUUUUUCUAUAAACCUAGCAGUUCCAGAGAAAUUGCUAUGUUUAUAAAUGGGUAAAUCUAGCCUCUAGUGGCUGUCUCAUUGACAGCCGCUAGAGGGCUUCCGCACUUCUCACUGUGAUUUUCACAGUGAGAAGACGCCAGCGUCCAUAGGAAAGCAUUGUGAAUGCUUUCCUAUGGACUGGCUGUGCGCGUGCAGCUCCUGCCGCGCAUGCACAUUCAGCCGAAGAGAAGGAGGAGAGCUCCCUGCCCGGCGCUGGAGAAAAAAGUAAGUUUAUCCCCUUCCUCCCCCCAGAGCCCAGCGGGAGGGGACCCUGAGGGUGGGGGCACUAUAAAACUAGUAUGUUUUCCUGGCACUAUAGUGGUCCUUUAAGCUGUAGUUGUUCUGGUGAGGGUACUAUAGUGUCCCUUUAAAACAUUUUCUUGCAGAUCUUGAUUACAUUUCUUGGGCUACUGUUAAGCUUUACCCUCUGGUUUAUAUUCGUGCGUAACCUGAGAGAUAUGUCUAGUCCUUCUCAUGGUGGAUUGAGAGGGGAGAUCAUAUAGUAAUAUCUGCCUGACUCUGACCUUUAUAUGAAACCAUUCAUCUCCUCUUCAUUGUGCACUCUUAUCUCUGCGAGCACCCAGAAAUGCACAAUAUAGCUUGUACACUUCUUUACGAAGAAUACGAUGUCCCUGCUAUAAUCCCGUCUAUUCUUUAAUGCCUACCCUUUUCCUUCUACAGCUAAUUCAGAAAUAGUACAAGUGACUUGAGAGACCCUAGACUGGAACAAUUUGACUGAUAUUUAUGAUUCUUCCAAGCUUAUUAAAACAUACUCUGCUUAAAGGAACACUAUAGGGUCAGUAACACAAACCUGUAUUCUUAACAAUAUAGUUUUAAAAUCACCAUCUUGCCUUUUACUUCAGUCUGCUGUUGCUGGCUCUGCCCCUGAUCUGUCUCCUUGGCUGACUUCAUCAGAAGUGAUGAUCUGAGCCAAUCAAAAUGCUUUCCUAUGGAGAUUGCCAAGGAUUUGCGGCUCUCUAAAUCAAUGCUCUGUAAGUAAAAUUCUGCAUCCUGAACAGCAGUGCUGCCCAAUGUACAGUACUUCUACCAGGAAGCUCCUAGUGGGCAUCUGAGGAGUGGCCACAGGUGGUAUCCCUAGGGGGCAAUGUAAACACUGCCUUUGCUCUGAAAAGGCAGUGUUUGCAUGAAAAUGCCUGAAGGGAAUGAUUACUCACAGUACUACAUUAAACGGUAAUUGUUCUGGUGACUAUAGUGUCCCUUUAGUCGUUCAGUUCUUGAACAGUGUUAUGUAGAGAGCAGUUAGAGAUGGGCUGUAAUAACAGGAGUCUUUUUUGACUCCUUUCUUACAGCAAACAUAACAAUUCCUCUGGACUGACUUUUUACAGGGUAUAGUGGAGGGAAUUCAGUAAGGAAAGUGCCUACCACCGUCUUUUGGCAUCUGAUUCCAAAAUGGAAGGAUUAGGUAAAUAAAAUAUGGGACAAAAGUUUCAACAUAAAACCAAGAAAUGGAUGUGGCUUACAUAGGGUUGCUCAUUUGUACAGUACAUAGGCAUUAAAUUUGCAAUCUAGCUUGGAUUGCAAUCUUCUUGUACCAUGUCAUACUCUUUUGGUUCAACAGAUAUGGCUGUAUACAUUGAUCAGCCAAGUCUAUUCCCCCACCCCCCCCUGUCUACUUGCUGUAGUCUACAAUGCACUUAGUUUUUUUUUACAGCAGCUCAGUUCUUCCACUGACAGACUGGCACUGUAAGUUUGUAGACAGCGUGUAUACAUAAUUAUCUGUGAAGGGAUAGCACCUUAUCCUGGCAUAGAGCUGAAGAGGAGCCUCUACUGCUUCUGCCACUUGUCAGGGAUUGGGUAAACCUCUGAAGUCAGAUCCCACACACUCUUGAAACGUUUGCGCCCACAGACUCCCUGUAUCCUGGUUCAAGCUGGCUAUCCUUCCUUUGACUGUGUGUAAUGGAUUCACAGAAUUUAUAAACAUUUGAUUGUGACUGAUUCCUUGGAACCAUGGGUAGGGAAGGAGUGCUAAAACGCCAGGACGAACUAUGCCGCUCCAACAGCGUUUAAGCCUGUCUGCCGUAGGACGUCAUGUACAGGUUAUUCUCCUGUAGAAUUUACUUUGAAUGCUAUCAGUGUUUACAAGUGGAAUUGACUCCUGACCUCUGUUGCUCUCCUUAAAUGUACACGUCAAACCUAUAAUGCACUUGUGCUUGCUGCUGAUUCCUAGGGGUUAUGCAUGGCCACCUUGUCCCAAUUCAUAAAACUUUAAAACACCAUCAAGCAGUUAGUUUGAUAGCAAAGUCUUUGAUUCACUCUAAUUGUCCAAGUGGAAGUGAAAGCUUUUGUAAAGGGAAGCAUUAGUCUGCUUUCCUGUGAUACAUUCUGUUUGGAGAUUACUACAGUUGAUUAGCACAAUUUUCAUGUGCCAAUUCUAUCCAGCUAAAAAAGGAGACCAUGGUUUUCAGAGUAUGUGCUUAUGGAUCUGCUUGAACAAUGUUCUAAAACCCCCUCCCUCUCCCAAGUGCAAGUUGAUGUCAAGUUGUCAUAUCAUCUGAAUGACUAUUAAAGGGACAUAAUAGUCACCAGAACUACAGCUUAUAGUAUUUGUUCUGGUGAGUAUAAUCCAUACCUUCAGGCUUUUUGCAGUAAACAUGGUCUUUUCGGAGAAAAUGCAGUGUUUGCAUUACAGCCUAGGGAUACCUCCAGUGGCCACUCCUCAGAUGGCUGCUAGAGGUGCUUCCUCUGCCUUCUUGACAAGCUCAACCAAUCCUAUUGGGAAAGCAUUGGAUUGGCUGAGGUAAUCAAGAUUCUCAGCCAUGGAGGGGAGGCCAGCUGUGGGGAGCCUGACUUGACAUGAGGGAGGAAAUAGACUUGUAAAAACCUUUCCCAUGUGAUGGGAGGGGGCACAUAGACAAAUAUGUUCACUGACACACUCCCACUCACACUCUUUCUCACUCACUCACACUCAGUUUUACAUUAAACUUAUGUCCACCCAGCCUCCCAAUCUUUGGGAGAGCUGGAGUGGAUCUUCUUCCCUGGGAUCCAGUCUGGUUGUCCUAUUGCGGCUCUCUCUGCUCCCUUGUGUGCCAUUUAGUGAUGUUGGGGCUGGAGUGACAUAACCAGGCUCCUGGCAUCACAGAGUUGUGUGCGAAGUAACAGAGCAGGAAGAUGACCUCUCCCUUGCCGCUGCCUUUAUUGCUCAGACGCUUGCCUCAGGGGGUCCCUAAGGUAGCCUGGGCUGAAAAACGCCAUAUACAUAUGUCUGUAUAGCUCUGUGGUGGUUAAAUUCUGCCAAAUUCAUCUCAACAGCUUCCCAGGAUAGUGAAAUAUUCCCAAAAAGGAAUGUUUCAAGGGCUGUUGUAAUAUUAAAAGGGAGGACUUCAAUGCUUUGGUGUAAGGAUACGUUACCCUGUGCACUAUUAUAGCAUCCUCAGGAUGACUGUAUAUGUUUUAGUUGCCAUGGAGAUUAUAUAUCAGCUGUUGUAUUACAGAGCCUAUUACAGGCAUUUAUAAUGGUGUGAUUUUGUUUUGUCUAAUGACUGUAAUAAAUGUUAAAAUAUAAUCUUUAAUAGUACAUUCUUCCUUAACUAUAAACUGUGUGCUUGAAAAUUAUAAUCUUGAGGUCUGUAAUGGAUCUGGCAUAACAUGGGACCUCCAUGCAUCUUCCUGGAGGCUCCCAAGAAGAAUCUCUCUAAAUGUUUUUAGUUAUCGCUAUAUUGUGGCCACUUUAUUUUUUUUAUUUUUUUAGGCACAUUCUAUUAAGUCAUUGUUUUGAAUAACAGUGCUCCUUAUUAAAGGGACACUCCAGGCAACCAGACCACUUCUGCCCAUUGGAGUGGUCUGGGUGCCAACUCCCACUGCUCUUAACCCUGCAAGUAUAAUUAUUAGUUUUUUUUUUUUUUUUUUUUUAAGAAACUGCAAUAAUUACUUUGCAGGGUUAACGCCACCUCUAGUGGCUGUAUUCUUAACAAUAUAGACAGCCACUAGAGGGCACUUCCUCCUUCAUAGCACAGAAAACCUGUGCUAGAGCGUCGCUGGACGUCCUCACGCCAUGUAGGGACCUCCAGCAUCGCUCCAUUCCCCAUAGGAAAGCAUUGAAAAUAAUUUUCAAUGCUUUCCUAUGGGGAGCUCUAAUGCACAUGCGCAUUAGGUCUCCCUGGCCGGUGGGCGGAUCAGUCUCUCCCACCGGCCGACAUAAUGCAGAGGAGGAGUGGCGACGGAGGAAGAAGCAGUGACGUGGGACAUGUCGCUGCCUCUGGUAAGUCACUGAAGGGGUUUUCACCCCUUCAGCAACCGCAGAUUGGGGGGGUGGGAGAGCGAUGGGACCUGCAGUGCCAGGAAAACAAUCCGUUUAAAGUUUCCCUUUAAAGAAAAAAAAAUAAACUCUGAAUCACCAACACUUAUGCCAGUGCUGAAACAGACUUCUCGCUGUAACGUCAUCAAGCUUGAUUACUUUUUUCUAUUAAUUGCUUUUUUUAGAGAGGCACUGCUGAGAAGGGAAGGCCCUGAAUAAAAGUGGUUUUUUUUUUUUUUUUUUUUUUUAAUUCAAUACAAAAGUGAAUAAGUAUACUGUUCUCUUAUAAUGACAAUGUUUGACAUGCAGUUCACAUAUUUAAACCUCCGAUAUUUCUAAACGACACAAAGCUGCAGAAGUAUUUCAUAAAUGUCUCAAAUAUUGCAAUACUUGUACACUGAAGUCGAGCAACUCCAAGAAUACAAAUCAAAUAGUAAAAGUACUGAGGAUGCGAUGUGUUGGAGAAAUCUCCAUUACUGGUCACGUGUACUGGCAAAAAAGUUCAUUAUAGUUGACUUUACCACCUGCCUAAUAUAGUGUAGGUCGUUCUCAUGCCAAAACCUCUCUGGUUCAUUAAGGCAUGGUCUCCACAAGACCUCUGAAUGUGUCCUGUGGUAUUUGGCAGCCGAUAUUUUAAGUCCUGCAAGUUGCGAGGUGGGUACUCCGUCAAAUUGGAUUUGUUGUUCCAGGCCUUCCUGCAGAUGCUCAACUUGAACGGAGAUCUGAUUAAUUUGGAGGCCAAGACAACACCUUGAACUCAGUAAUGUUCCUGUACAAUUCCUGCAGUGUGGUGUGGUUCAUUACCCUGCUGAAAGAAGCCACUGAGAUCAGGGAACACAAUUGCCAAGAAGGGGUGUACAUGGCCUGGAACAAUCUCUAGGUGGAUAGUAUGUGUCAAAGUAACAUCUGCAUUAUUACCAGGACCCAAGGUUUCCCAGCAAAACACUGCCUCCACCUCCCUGCCUUUCUCCUGUAGUGCAUCCUGCUGUCAUCGCUUCACCAGGCAAAGGACAUGCAUAACCGGCCAUCCACCUGUUCUAAAAGAAACCGUUAUCCAUCAGACUUGGCAACCUUCUUCUAUUCGUCCAAUUAUAAUGCUCACAUCCUUUAGGAAGGCACUCUUGGCAGAGGACUGGUGUCAUCAUGGACCUUCUGACCGCUCUUUGGCCACACAGCCCAUUCGUGGCAAACUCUGAUGCACUAUUCUGGUACUUUUCUUUCAUCAUGGCCAGCGUUGUUUUUCAGAAAUUUGAGCUACAAUAUCUCUUCUGUGUGAUUGGAACAUAUGGGCUAGCCUUUAAUCGCUAUGUGCUUCAAUGAGCCUUGGGUGCCCCUGACGUUUGAGGGUUUUUUUUUUUUUUUUUUUUUCUCCUGGUUGUCCUUCCUUGCCCAAGUUUUGGUAGGUAGUAACCACUACAUACUAGGAACACCCCACCAAACUCGCAGUUUUGGAGGUGCUCUGCUCCUGUCGUCUAGCAAUCAAUAUUUUGUCCUUGUUAAGGGUAAAGUAACAGACCUUCAAGAUGACCCCAAUAGGCCCUUGUCAAUAUGACUCGGUGAACUGACUGUUCACUUGCUGUAUUCCUGGCACUAUAGCUUUUUCAAAUGGUAUGCCAUGAUAGGAGUAUUUCUCAUUCCUGGGCUGCUAUACUCUUUCAAAGCAACAUAGGCUCAGCAAAACAAUCUGUAAUCAUGAGACAUCGUUGGACACAAAUGUGCAUUUUAUUGCAGUAAAAUCUAACUUUUUUUUUUGUUUUUUUUUUUUGGUACAUGGUACAUGCAAGCCUGAGAUACCCCAACGGCAUUCCUCUGGCAUCUUGUCAAGUUAUACAAUUAGGGUAGCAGAAUGAACGUGCACAUUUUUAUAUUCUGAUAACCAUGCAUGAAACAUGCUGAACUUGUGUAGAGUGUAGCGAUUACAUGCUUGUGCCAGUAGCCUGGUAUUUUGCGUAAGACUGCACAUGGCUAGCUCAUAAAUAGCAUAUUGUGUAAGCUUGUCUACUAAUGUAGUGUGUGUGUUUAGGCUAACGUGCUACGUGCAUGUUAAAAGCAUUGUGUGUACUUCCAAGCUGGAUUAGGCACAUAGAUGUGUAUGGGUGCGUUUCAACAUGUCUACCAUGUGGAUGACCUGUAUGAGAGAACAUAUCAUGGUACAGGCUAUGCUGGGAAUUUCUGUGCAGUCGCCUAGAGCAUUAAAAUUUGGGCCCUUGGUGUGGUAGUCCUGGAUGGAUAAAUUCACGUGUCUGUUAGGAACAUGUGGGCACUGUGGCUGGAGUUCUAGGGACACUGGAUUACAGGCUUGUGACUGUCCCAGUCAUCCGAUUCCCUCUGGUGGUUAUACAGCUGGUGCUGAUCUGAGGGCCGCAUUAACACAGGUGUGAGUGGGCGUGACCCUCCAGUCCCAGGCUGGUGUGUAGGCCGGAAUUUCUUUGCCACUAACCCGGUUUCUUUGAGAGUCAGUUUCCUCAUCGCGUCGGAGGGCCUGGUGGUCUUGCAUUGUGUGCGCCUCCGCUUGUGUGUGUGAUGCCUCUGGGCCCGAGCUCUUGUGGCUGAAGGUUGACCAUAGGUGAGUGUGUUGGUGCUGUGCCCGAGGGUAGCCCCUUCGCUCCCUGGCGGUGCAGGGAAUCUGCGGUUGUACCGGGAUAGGGCCUUUGACUUGGAGGCAGGCUCGAUAUCCCAGGCAUGCUCAAUAUCCACCCCCCCCACCUCCCUUAGGUGAAAACUCACAUUAUUUCCAGCACUGGAUGCAGGCAGGGUAAAAAUCUAUUUUGGCCAAUCAGCCCAGAUGCAUCUCUAUAAGGAAAAUUCUGCAUUUCCAUGCAGUGCUGCCUACCGUUCAGCACUGCCCCAGGUAGCGUCUCCAGUGGCCCCUUGGAGGUGUCCUUAGGUUGUAAUGUAAACACUGCCUUUUCUCUGAAAAAGUAGUGUUUACAUGAAAAUGCCUGAAGGGUAUGAUUACUGACCAGAACAACUACACUAAUCUGUAGUUGUUGUUCUUCUAGGCACUGUGCACAUUCAGUUCAUGGGCAGCUACUGCUGUGAUCCAUGAUUCCAAUUGUCUUCAGAGUAUCAUUGAAUUAACACCAGGAUUCAGCUAGAAUUGUAGGAAUCAAAACCGCAAUCCUUCCCCCACCCUCCAAGUGCAAGGCUGUCUGAGCUAUAUCUACCAAACACUGCAAAAUCUCUAAUCUAAAGUGAAUUGAUGGCUAGAAUUUUCCUUUUAAUUUAUGGUUGAAUUAAAGAGGAACUUUCAUUUUCCAGGAUUUAAUAUUUAUCUUCUGUUAGUGGCUGUCAGUUUCCCUCUUUCCUGACUCCUAGCCUCUGUGUCCUUCUUAACACCCCUCCCCCCAUGAUUGUAUGCGGCUCCGUGUUACCUCUAUCUUGGAAUGUAGUUGGUUAUAUCUUCACACUACUUGGGUGACUAUUUUAAUUUAUUUUUUUCUCAAUCAGUUUUUACAUGGCUAUAUAAACUUUUCAGUAUUCAAACUUGGAAUAUCAAACUUUCUAGAUCUCUCUCCUUUUUGGGGGAUUUCAGCUGAUCAGGAAAUUUCCCAUAUCCAUUUAGUUAAAUUUUGUGAUAAAAUUUUUACAUGGACACUGCAAUACUGAUGUUUACAACCUCUGUGCUCCGCUACAUCUCCUAUUAAAGAUUUGUUAUUUGCACUAGAGUAUUAACUGAAUGGCAGUUGGUACACUUUAUUUUUACUUCGAUUGGGGUGUAAGUUGUGUUUUUGGAUUUUUAUAUGGCGGCAAUAUUAUGUAGAGGUAUUCUUAGGCUUGUAUUUGGUAGCAACGUACCAGGAUUGUAUUAAAUAUCAGUGAGUUGUGAUAUCAAGUAUUACUGUAAAGCUUACACUGGACGUAAAUGUGUGUUUUUUUUUUUUUGUUUCGUUUUUUUGGGGGUGGGGGGAGGUUUAUAGUAUUUUACUGUAAAUUACUGCUGCAUAUCUGUUAAGAGGCUGUUUCAUUGCCCUUGUUGGUACAAAGACAAAGUUGAAUCUAAUCGGAGUAAAAAAACUUUUUUUUAAAACCUAUAUUUAAAAAAAAAAAACCAAAACACAUUUUUUUCUUUUUUUAAAUGGGUUUUUUUAACUGUUGGGCCAAAUAAGAUAAUCGCUCUAUUCAGUUUUCAAAAUUUCCCCAUUGCUUACACUGACUUCUACAGCUAGGUAAGCUGUUUCUGUUGUAAAACUAUUUAAUGAUUUUCAAAUUAUUCAGCCAAGAUGCAUUUGGCAAGGGGGCAAAUAUUGGGUAUUAUGUAUAAAGUGUGCAGUCAUGGAAAAGAGGCAAUCACAAAUGCAGUGUAUCUGCUGGUUUCCAUAGUGACUGCCCCCUCUUGGCAAUUUCAGUUACUUUUCAGAAACCAUACUAAUUCUACAUCCCCUAAAACCAUGCAGUGACUUGGGCUCGCUUGCCUGCAGAAGUGGCUUUCCAGUCUUGAUAUAUUUGUGGACUGUUGUGAAAUGCUAUAGGCAUAGACUUGCCUACCCCUCGACUCACCAAUGGUUAUUUCCCUGUAUAAAUGGGUUUGGAGUGUGGGUUCUGUCUUAAAAGAUGUUUACAUCUGAACUUUCCCUCAUGAGUUAUAUUGGAGUUUAUACAAGCAAGCAAAAUUUAACCUCUUGAACACCUAAGAAACCAACAUGAUUUUUACUCCAGGGGAGCUUGUCCUGCCGCCAUGGGUGAGAUUAGUUGGUUUACUCCAGGUUUUUUUGGCCUAAGGAUCUAAAAUGUUCAGAUUUCAAGAAACUAUUCCCACUGUAUCAGACUCUAACCAUCUUGUUAGCCCUGUCCUAUAUUGAAGCAAUGAUGAACACCACAGAACAGGAAAUCUAGUUAAAAAAAAAAAAAAAAAAAAAUAGUCUGAAGCUCAUGGUUUGUUUCUUUUUUGUUUAACUCCUGAAUUUAUGUAUUGGAUCUCCGAUUCAAUAUUACAAACUUGGGGCCUAUGUGGUGAUGGCAUGAGUAGAUGUGGCUAAAUAAAGAUAUCACUGACUUCUUGAUUUUACACUCUCUUUUUAUUUAUUUAACAUUCUAUAGUAAAUGGUUUGUACCAUCAGGGAAAACUACACUGGAAGACUUUAACAUUUCUAAGUCCGCAUUCACAAUAUAUUGAAAUCCUUAAAUGGAAACUCCCACUGCCCAAAUAAAAAUCACCCCGCACUAUGUGCCUUACACACAUACACACUAUAAAUAUUCCAUACACACACUAUAGAACAGGGUUGUCAGACAUGCGGCCCCCCAGAUGUUGCUGAACUGCAACUCCCAUGAUUCUUUCAAUGAAACAGCCAGGGAAUCAUGGGAGUUGUAGUUCAACAUCUGGGGGGCCGCAUGUUUGACAUCCCUGCUAUAGAACCUACACAAAUCAUUUGGUGAAAAGUCAUUUUCGGUUUUGGCCCAGAAUCUUCAUUUCGGUGCAUCCCUAAUAAUAAAAAUAAAUGCUUUAGAUGUACCCCAGUGAAAACAUGCAUGCAUUUGAAUAUUUGUUUUCAAAUGGGAAUAGAUCUAAAACGACUUGCAAAAGCUGCAGAUCUGCUGUCUGAACACUUUGCAAGCCCUCCCAAGUUUUCCAGUUCCAUGACUUUCUCUGGCUGUCAAAUCAGAAUUUCCAAUGCAGCUCAGUGAGACAUCUUUGCAAGGUAGGUGCUCUGGGCAAUUUGCUUUUUUGCAUUUAGCUUCACAUAGCCAAACAAACCAGGAAGUAACAGGAUCGGUUGUUUCACAGUCAGGGGUUGUAACCGGGUUAGUUUACAAAAGCAAUUUCUAUUGAAAUCUUAACUUUUUAUAAAAUGAAAAAUCCAAAGAUACUCUUCAAGGAAGCUAAAGUUUGAAUACCAGUACUGUGCCCUCCACCCCUCCAUUUUUCAUCUCGUCAUUGUGUUUUAAAGUUUGAACUGUCCUAAAUAUUCGUGGUAUUGAGGUUAGAUGACACUCCCCCCUAAUUAUAGCUGCACCUUAUGGCUUUUAAAAUUCAGUCACCUGUUUUCUCAUACACUUCAGGGUGUUGUUGCCAUACAUGUUUGUAAAAUGUGCCAUCCAUUGUUAAUUGACCUGCAUAAUAGAAAUUUAUGCUUGAAAUUUGUUGCAUUGGAUUCUUUUGAUAAAUAUUGUACUAGGAAACAAAGUAUAAUUCUUCAUACCUUAUUUUCUUGCACUGGCAAUAUGCUACAGGCAAACUGAAAAUUAUUCUUAGAAUUUCACAACAUGUUUAUUUCUGAAAAACUUAACACCCCGUCUGCCAAGUUUAUUUAUGUUUCCUCUGCUCAGGUUUAUUUGCACCGUAGUUUGCUUUAUCUUUGGUCAAGUUUUGAAAUACUGCAGGAAAUAAUUGUGAAACUUAACCUAAAUUAAAUUACACAUUCUUUUCUGAGAUCUUUAGAUUACAAGAUAUUUCAUAUUUAUGGUUAAAUGUUAUUUUAAGUACUGUACAUUUGACAUGGGUUUGGCUCUGCAUGUUCUCUCCCUCAUGGCUUUCUGUUAAAGGCUAUUGUCUUAUAACCUGUUUUUAUGCUAAAUAAAUUGUAGUAAAAUUGAUAUGUUAACAAUUCAUUUGUUUUUAAAUGUGAUAGAGAAAUAAAAUAUCUUUAUUAAUGGAUAGCGCUUUCAUCCUGUUAGAUUUGGCAGCUGCAUGUUACUGGACAGCGUAUAUUAUAGGCUGAGACUCUUAAUGUAAUACAAUAGGAUUUAUGACAGACCUUAAAUUAUUGGCCCAUGCAGCCUGUUAUGUCAGUCUGCUCACCACACCCCAGUUAAGUGUCUUGUUGUUGUGAGAAGCAUGUCUCUUGUUUUUGUGCUUUACAAUCCCUACCUACUUUGUUAUAAGUUUCCUUGUAUGUUUAAUCCAUCUUAAUGAGACGUUUACAUACAUUAGGGGCUAUAUUAGAUAGAUGUGCAUGGGUUUUUUUUUUUUUUUUUUUGGUUUUUUAUUUAAAAAUAAAUAAAAGAGAAUUUCUCUUAAAACAGUCUAUUUUGACUGAGGGAAAUAAAAUGCAUCCAUCUCUAUACAAGUGAUUUUAUCACCAUAGAAUGAUUUGAGAAGAAAGAUUGAAAAUGACUGCACUAGAGGAUUCAUGUUGUGUCCCUAGUACCAAUACUUUUACUAAUCAAAUUUUGAUGUGUAAAUUAUGGUAGCAUGAGUCUGACACGCAUUUGAGUAUUUCUUUAAUUUCUGUAUGAAGACUCCCUAUGGCUCUUGCCAUUUCUAGCUUUUAAACUGGUUCUAAGCAGAAUGACUGACUACUUCAGUGAUUUAAAGGCACACCAUAGUCACCUAAAUUACUUUAGCUAAAUAAAGCAGUUUUAGUGUAUAGAUCAUUCCCCUGCAAUUUCACUGCUCAAUUCAAUGUCAUUUAGGAGUUAAAUCACUUUGUUUCUGUUUAUGCAGCCCUAGCCACAACUCCCCUGGAUAUGAUUGACAGAGCCUGCAUGGAAAAAAAAACUGGUUUCACUUUCAAACAGAUGUAAUUUACCUUAAAUAAUUGUAUCUCAAUCUCUAAAUUGAACUUUUAAUCACAUACAGGAGGCUCUUGCAGGGUCUAGCAAGCUAUUAACAUAGCAGGGGAUAAGAAAAUCCUAAUUAAACACAACUUGCAAUAAAGAGAGCCUAAAGAGGACUCUCUCUUUACAGGAAGUAUUUAUGGAAGGCUGUGCAAGUCACAUGCAGGGAGGUGUGACUAGGGUUCAUAAACAAAGGGAUUUAACUCCUAAAUGGCAGAGGAUUGAGCAGUGAGUUCUAUACACCAAAACUGCAUCAUUAAGCUAAAGUUGUUCAGGUGACCAUAGUGUCCCUUUACGUUCUGGUGCCUGCAGUCUGUAUGUGCAGCAUGCGAUGAAACGCUGCACAUACGGAAACUAAUGCCUCUGGCCACAUAAUUAGCCAGCACUGAACAAGAGUUCCUAGCUGACUAAUGUGAGCUUUGGAAUCUCAUGCCAGCAAGGGUGACCAUCCCCAGAAGAUCAGGCUGCAGGGAGAACUUGGGCUCAGUCCUGGAAUGAAGGUAACUUUUUAAUUUUUUUUAUUUGGGGAGGGGCAGACCAGGUUAGGAAAGUUUACUCAACAAAUAAUUGUUUUUUUCCUUAAAACGUUGUUUGGUUAGACGUUAAGAGUAACACUAGAAAUUAUUAGCUAGUUUGUAAUUUGUCCAAAGCUGUGUCCAGCAUUAUGUAUAUCCCCCUCUAGAAUACAGUGUUUUGAGAUGUAUACUCUGUUACUCUGUAUCUUGGAGCUUUCAGACCAGCGAUUGUGUGUUUUUUUUUUUUUUGUUUGUUUUGUUUUUUUUUUAAACAUCUGUCAGGUUUACAAGGUGUUAUCCAUAUGAAAGAUUGGAACAUUCGAUGAACCUGAUCUUGGCUCAUAGAGUAAAUACCCAAGCCAACCAUUAAAUACUUUUUUUUUUUUUUUCACAAAGCAGUCAUUUGUAAGAAUUACCGCUUCUUUUAAGUGAACCUGUCGGUAUGUAUUUUUUGCACAUGUUACACAUAUGAUACAUGGGGUUUUUUUUUCUCUCUCCUUAAUCAACAUGUAACAGCACCUUUGCAUGCGAGCCGAAAUCUUACACUACAGAACGUGACUUGAACCUGUUGGGAAUCCCCAGUUUAAGUGUUGCAGAUCAAUUAAAAGUACAUUAUACAUCACUUUUUUAUAUUAUAAACUCGAACAAGUGUAAAACUUAUUGUCUUGGCUGUAAUGCUGUAAUACUAUGAUAAUGGCAGAAUUAAUGAUUUGGAUUAGGGAAUAUACAUCUUUCUAAAACACUGGACGAUGUAUAUGAGCAGAACCAAUUAAAAAUAUUUUGUCAUGUUAAGUAUUGCUUUCUGCAAAGGGGGGAGGGGAGGAGGAGAAAGGUCAAACUUGCAGUAAAAAAUAUAUACUAACAAACCAUGCCUAAUAGUUGGGCUAGUGGUUUGAGUCAGAGUAGCUUGUGAGUGAGAGAAGACUAGUAAUGAGAUGCAUAACCCUGCUUGAUGCGUGGGUACAGUGAAUCAUUGCAGGUCAUGGCUGUAAUGUCAUACCAUUUUUUGCUUGAAUUUUUUUCGAACAAAAUAUAGACUUCCCUUGUUUACAAAACAGCCUUUACAUCUCUACUCAAAAUAGGCUAGGGUUACAUAAAUUUUUGUGAAUUUGUCUGAAAUGUACUAGCCAAAUUAACUUUAUAAUUAAAGGACCACUAUAGUGCCAGGAAAACAAACUCCUGUAACGCUUGUCACCUACCUUUCAAUGUGCCCCCUUCUUCUCUCCAUGUAGCGUGGUUGAGCGGGCAGUACGCAGUAUAGAAUCCUGUUUCCUGUCCCGGUCUGACAGGAAGCGAAGCAGUUUGUUGCAUCUCCUGUCAGACCGGGUAGACCACGGUCUGCCUGCUUGCCCACUCUACAUGCAAUGACUGGCAGGAGGGGAGGACAGCCACUAGAGGUCUUGGUAGGCAGCAAUAUAAACACUACCUCUUCUCUGAAAAUGCAGUGUUUACAUUGAAAAGGUUAUAGCUGUAGUGGUUCUGGUAACUAUAGUGUCCCUUUAAAAAAAAACAAAAAAAAAAACACAAAAAAAAGUUCUCCUAGCUUGGGACAUUUAGACAGCGUGCCACGCGGAGCGUUGCCAUGGUAACCCGUGGCAACGCUCUGACGACCGCAAGACUCUCAAGAUUUAGACAGGGGGCUGCUGGGAAGGUAAUUAAGCGCUUGCUGUGGGGCCCCCCAGGACCGCCGGGCUUUUCAUGGGCCCAGUGUUUCUGGUAUGUAUUAACGGCAAUAUCGAAAUCUCUAUUGGCAGAUACCGAUAUUGCCGAAAAUCAGUCGAUCCCUAGUACAGAAUAUUGGGAAGUUAUUGGCUAUCUGCCUGAAAGGUCAGAUUAUCGGUAUCGGCUCUUUAAAAAAGAUUUUUUUAAAAAAUCAUUGGCCAACCCUGUAGCCUUGGGGAUACAAGCAUGUUAUUGUUUUGCUAUCGAUUUGUCACCACCCACCACAUAACUAAUGAAAUAAAGUAUUUAACGCUUAUCUGUCAUGCUGGUCUCUGUAUGGGAGCCUACCCCUCUGUUGAUCUUUGCCAAUCUCGGCUUCUCCAUAGGAAUGCAUUGGGAGGCUUGGAGAUUGCCACACUGCACAUAAUCUGCAAUCUUACCACCACUAGAGGUGACAUUAGGCAGCAGUUUAACCCCUUAAGGACGGAGCCAAAUGUACACGUUGUGAACAAAACAAAAUGUAAACAAAACCUGGCAUUUGCGCUACAUGUCUGUCCAACCGUAAUUCACCUCUUUCAUAGUAAAUGCACCCACCCUUUAUUCAGGGGAAACAGGGCUUUCGUUUAAUAUCAAAUAUUUGGUUAUGAAACAUAAUUUAAUAUGAAAAAAAUGGGAGAAAAUAAGAUUUAAAAUUUUUUUUUUUUAGUUCUACAUGACAUUCUAACUGUCAAUGUCAUAAUACUGUUUGCUUUUACUGCAAUAAAAUACACAUUUGUAUUCAGCAAAGUCUCACGUGUAAGACUGUACCCCCUAUGUACAGGUUUUAUGGCGUUUUGGGAAGUUACAGGGUCAAAUAUAGCACGUUACAUUUGAAAUUGAAAUUCGCCAGAUUGGUUACGUUGCCUUUGAGACUGUAUAGUAGCCCAGGAAUUAAAUUUACACCCAUAAUGGCAUACCAUUUGCAAUAGUAGACAACCCAAGGUAUUUCAAAUGGGGUAUGUCCAGUCUUUUCCAGUAGCCAUUUGGUCACAAACACUGGCCAAAGUUAGCGUUGGUAUUUGUGUGUGAAAAAUGCAAAAAACGCCAAUUUUGGCCAGUGUUUGUGACAAAGUGGCUACUAAAAAAGACUGGACAUAUACCCCAUUUGCAAUACCUUGGGUUGUCUACUAUUGCAAAUGGUAUGCCAUCAUAGGGGUAAUCUUCAUUCUUGGGCUACCAUAGGGUCUCAAAGGCAACCUAACCAAUCUGGUGAAUUUUAAUGUGGAAAAAAAAUGAAACGCAAGCCUUAUAUUUGAUGCUGUAACUUUUGAAAACACCAUAAAACCUGUACAUGAGGGGUACUGUUGUACUUGGGAGACUUCGCUGAACACAAAUAUUUGUGUUUCAAAACAGUAAAAAGUAUCACAGCAAUAUCGUCCGUGUAAGUGCUGUUUGUGCGUGAAAAAUGCAAAAAAGUCACUUUUACUGGCGAUAUCAUCGUUGUAAUACAUUUUACUGUUUUGAAACACUAAUAUUUGCGUUCAGCGAAGUCUCCCGAGUAGAACAGUACCCCCCAUGUACAGGUUUUAUGGUGUCUCGGAAAGUUAUAGGGUUAAAUAUAGUGCUAGCAAAUUAAAUUCCCUUUACUUUCGGCUGUCAGGCAUGGGUUGUCAGGCAGGUCCCGCUAAUUGUAAUUAAGAUACCUAAUUAUGUAAAAAUAUUACAUAAAUAUAUGUAGAAUUAAUGUGUGUGUGUGUGUGUGUGUAUAUCUAUAUAAUUUUUUUAAAUAUUUUUAUUUAUAUAUAGGUGUAUGUCUGUCACUAACGUAUGUAUGUAUUUCGUUCUACGUGUAUUUUGAUAUAUAUUUCACAAUACAGUUAGAACGAAGUAACACACAUCUAUAUAUUUUUUAAUUUUAUUUAACGUAUUUACAUAUUUAUUUUUUAUAUAUGUAAAUAUAUAUAACAAUUAUAUAUUUAAUCAGUAUCAGUCUACGUGCAAUUUGAUAUUAAUAUAGUUAGUAAAAUACACCUAGUAGUGUGUGUGUGUGUGUGUAUAUAUAUAUAUAUAUAUAUAUAUAUAUAUAUAUAUAUAUAUAUAUAUAUAUAUAUAUAUAUAUAUAUAUAUAUAUAUAUAUAUAUAUAAAAAUUUUCUUUUAAUUUUUUCAUUGGAUUUCCAGCCAGCAGGGGGACCACCUGUCAUUACAGGCAGCCCCCCUGCUGGCAGUGCUGCAGCCAGCUAUCCUGGCCAUGUGAUUGUGAGGUCCUCGCAAGGACUUCACUCUCACAUGGCCGGGGUGCUCCCUGGGAGUCCCCCCCAACCGCGAUCGCCGGCGUGGGAUUGCCGGAGGGCGUACUAUUAUGCCCGGCGGCGUUUAGAGCCGCUUAGAAUAGUACGCCCUCCGGUCUUAAGGGGUUAAACUAGGGAUGCACCGAAAUGAAAAUUCAGGAUGCCCUUGGCCAAAAAUGUUUUGUUUUUUCUUCCCCCAAAUGAAUCCUAGAAUUUGAUUAGACUUUUUUUAAUGAAUUUAAUCUAAUCUGAAAAACUUCCCUUCUCUUUUAUUGGUCUUCCCUGCCUUUUUUUUGUGUGUUCUUUCCCCCCUCCUCCCCUGUCCCACAUGGUGUAAUUUAAAAAAUCAACAGACUUGUUUUAGGUUAAUACUAGGUUACGUCUGCUCUUUAGAAUAAAGGUGAAAGAAGAUAUGAAUAGAUAAAUGCUGAUUUUGUUUAUAUUUAUACAAAUGGCUCCCCCCUCCUUUUUUGACACUUUUUUGGAAAUACAGUUGAGUAGAUUUGUUUUGAUUCUACUUAUGUCUGUGAAAUCAAGAUGAUGUAUUCAGACUGUCAAGGUUUUCUUCCUGACAUUUCAGAGUAGGUUUUGCAUAUUGCUGAAAAAGCAUCUGAUAUCUAAUCAAAAUGCAAGAUGUAUAGGUGCAUUAUUCUCUGUUGAAGGAAACCAUAUCUAAGACUUGGUCAGUCCUUUAACCCCUUGACGGUCCUGAACAGUCAUAAUGGUAAUAUUUAGUUACCCGAUCGCUGCCGUUCCCCCGCCGGCAACCGGCGUUGCUCUUGGUCUGGGGGGACUGCCCCCAGUCUAACAGUGGUCACAUGGCCACAAUAGGCGUCCGUGAAUCUGCCUGCAGGGGGACUGCCUAAACUGACGGGCAGUCCCCUACAUCUGUAAAAUAAAGUGUGUGUAUAUAUUUAAAUUCUACGUGCGUAUUUACGUAAUAUUUGUACAUAAUUAAGUCAUUUUAUUGAUUGCUAUUUGAGGGACCUACCUGACAACCAGGCCAAAAGUCCAGAGCAUUUAAUUUGUUAGCACUGUAUUUAACCCUGUAAAUAUCUAGGACACUCUAAAACCUGUACAAAGGGGGGAACUGUUUUACUCUGGAGACUUCGCUCCAGAGUACCAUUUGCAAAAGAAGACAACCCAAGGUAUUGCAAAUGGGGUAUGUUCAGUCUUUUUAGUAGCCUCUUAGUCACAAUCACUGGCCAAAGUAAGCGGUCAUAAUUGUUUUUUGCAUUUUUAACACUCUAAUAUAAAUGCUAAUGUGGCCAGUGCUUGUGACUAAGUGGCUACUAAAAGACUGGACAUACCCCAUAUUGAAUACCCUAAAAAAAAAAAAAAAAAAAUUGUACAUGUGAGGUGUGAUUCAGAGAUUUAUGAUGGAUAAGUGUUACAAUGUCACGAUUGCAGUUUCAAAAUAUAUAAUUUUAACAUCAAUCUCCUACUUGUACUUCUAUCCGUAUAACUUGCAAAAAAGCAUGUAAACACUAGGUGUUUUUUAAACUCAGGACAACUUUUUGAAUCUAUAUAGCAUUUUUUUUUAAUUUGGCUUUUGUAGGCAAGUAAAAAUUUUUUUCAAGUAAAAGACCGUAAUUUUUUAAAAAUUAUUUCAAUGUUUGGUAUGUAAAGAAAGCCCUUGUCCUGGGGGAAAAAAAAUCUAUAAUUUUGUAUGGGAACAAUAAAUGAGGGAGAAGAAAAUUAUAGCUCAACACAAACUCAAAGUUGUUAAAACUGCUCUGGUCCUUAACGUACAACAUGGCCAAAACAGUCCAGUCUUGAAGGGGUUAAAGGGACACUAUAGGCACCCAGACCACUUUAGCUCAUUAAAGUGGUCUGAAUGCAGUUCCCCUGUCAGUUUCUGAUUAUUGCAGUUAACCACUUUUAGUCACCUGACUUGCUAUGCACGAGGACCUCUUGCGUCUGCUAAAACCCCAUAAAGGACAAGUGCUCUCUAACACAGAUUUAGACAGAUUUGUGAACAAUAUUUGACAGAAAUAGGCCUUUUGUGUACAUAGAAAAAGUCUUAGAUCUUUGAGUUCCGCUCAUGAAAAAUGGGGACAAAAACAAGUGAGUUUUUAUAAUUUUCUUCAGUGUAAUAUUUGACUUGGUUGGGCCUUAAAGCUUCUACUAAAAUGCUUGCCCAUAGGAUUGGCUGAGACUGACAAGGAGGCAGAUCAGGAGCAGAGCCAGUCUGACUCAAACACACAUGAGGAAAGUUCAGUGUCUGCAUGCAGAGGGAUGCAUUUUAGACAGGAAGGACCUCUAACAGCCAUCUGAGGAGUGGCCAGUGAAGUUAUCACUAGGCUGUAAUUUAAACCCUGCAUUUUCUCUGAAAAGACAGUGUUUACAACAAAAAGCCUGAAGGUAAUGAUUCUACUCACCAGAACAAAUUCAAUAAGCUGUAGUUGUUCUGGUGAUUAUAGUGUCCCUUUAAGGAACUUGUUUCUGGCUUGCACUGCCUACAAAUCCUCCACCAACUUCCUGGCUCUUUGAUUCAGAAGGCUUGAAGGCAUGUCUAGAAGCUGCACUUAAACACAACAGUGGAGCCUGAGACCAAGGGACUCAGAAUUAUGGCAGUAGUACAACUUCAUGAAGAUUAAUUUGUUAUAGUGCCCUGCAGUGUUACUUCAUUUUUAUUUAUUUUUUUUGGAUCUAGUGCUUACCUUGUUGAAGAGGCAGAGAAAAAGUUGGAUUUUCUUAGCACACUUAUGCUUGACAUUGUGUGUGUAAAGCUAUUUUUAACCUUUCUUUGUAGUAGCUUAGUGUUUUGUUGAAGUUGUCAUGUUGUAUGUAGAGUGCUUCGUUAUAAAAUGCUUCACCUACUGUUAAACUGUAGCUAAACACUGAGGUGAAACUCCUCUGGUUGGGUAGCACUCAGCUGACACUCGUACAAUGCAUCUAGCUUUUGCAGCUGCUAUAAUACACUUUUUUAUGGAUACUUUGCAAAUCUAACAUGUGACACUACUGAGCAACUGUUCUGAGUAAAAUACUCUAAUGGAGGGGCUUGUUACACUUGACUUUAGUCUGAUCAGGCUAAGAAAAAUUAAGGCAGUCCUCUGAGGUUAAAAAAAGCUCUCCAAGCACCAGAACUAUAGCUUGCUGUAGUCCGAUAUAAGAAAGGACUUUCAGUUUUUACAGUUAGAAUUUUGAUAGAUGGCUUUGAUGGGCCAAUACUGCAUUUUGGGGAAUUGUAGCAGUUUGACAUUUUAAAUUAUCCCCCAAAAUGCAUAUAAUUUAGAUACCACAGGGUGUCAUAUGGUAUACUUCCAAUCUUAUUGUAUAGUAAUUUUAGCUCCUAUUUCUUCCAAAGUUUAAAUUUGCAUACUUUGUAGAAUGGUCCCCUGGCAUACCCAUGUCAAAGUUUUGUGAAAAUACAGGACUGAAUUUAUAACAUGCCCUGUGUUUCCCCCAUGGGAGAAGUGAUGGCUGUAAGUUCACUGUAGCAAAUCAUAUGCUCAGCUAAAAUACAUCUUUCAAAAUAUAUAAGGAACAGCGGUCACCUAAAUCUUGGCAAACAAAUAUGGGGAUUCCGUUCUACCAUAUGGUUGCGUUGAGCCCACCACUACUUCACAGUAUCAUGGUAUUGAUUGGUCCUACACUAAUUCAAAAAAUUACUUCUAGUUAACCAUAAGUAAGUUAUGUGACUUUAUUUUAAUUUUAUACUUUUUUUUUUUUUUUUUUUUUUUUUUUUUUUUUUUUUUUUUUUUUUUUUUUUGCUUCUUUGCUAAUGUUUCAGACCAUGUCUUAAAGCUAGUCGGUCAAGAUUUGAUUUGUCUAAAAGCAGAGGGAUCUGUGAAUCUUUAACCCCAUCAAUUUUUUUACCUUUUUAUAUUCCCACUACUGGUCCCUGAGCCUCUUUUCCUUUACACAGCCAUCUUCUAAGAUGACCGUGUGAAAAUGGUAUACUUUGCCCUUAGCUCAGUUAGCUGUUAGAUGUGCCGCUACAGGAAGUGGUACGAUGCUUGUGGGGGCGAAGGGUGGAGUGACAGAUCCAUUUGAAACUUUGCACAAUAUGGGAUUUUAUAUAAUCUUGACAGACAUCAGAAAACUAAAUUUAAAGACUAAACCAUUGUGCAAAAUGUAUUAGGGAUGCCUGAACAGCAGAGUGUACUGCACUUUUUAAUAUUGUAAUAGCUAGGCUCCCAUACUUAUAAAUGUUUAUAUAUUUUAAAAUGUUACAUGUGUUUUUUUUUUUGUUUUUUUUUGAGGAAAAACUCUGGUCACCUAAUAUUGUAAUCUCAUUCUAUAAACUGCAGCUUUUUAUAUUGGUGAGUCACGUUUUGUUUUUGCAUUUAUUUAUUUUAAUUUUCCUUUAUAUCCAAAGCACUCAACUUCAUACUACAAAAGGGCUGCUGACAGGAGGCACAAUGGUUUCAGGUAAAGUUCACAAUUUGUGGGGUGCAAUUUUAUUUUAUAAAAGGGUAGCACUAAUUUAUUUUAUAUUUUCAUUCUUUGUAAAUACUCUUCUUUUCUGCUUAAAAUCUCUAUCGAUCCUACAGUGUUCCCUUUAAGCCUAUUUGUAUGCUUGCUUAGCCAUGAAACAGUUGAGUGUGGUUCGUUUCUCAUCUUUUUCAACGCUGAAUCAUCCAUGCACAAAAAUGGUCUUGGAGAGAAUAUUGCCGUCUGGUUCCCUCCCCCCUUAUCCCUCUUUCACUUUAUAUUGGUGGUGGUUGUUUUAAUAUUUGGAUUGAUGUUUUGAUGAGAAGACACAUUUUACUGUUUGGUCUGCUUUCUUUCUUUCACCAAGCUUGGGGGUUUCUGUACUGUCAAUCUUCCAGUGUUUUUUCUAGUGAUGCAAGAUUUGACUGCCAAUUCCAGCAUUCUUGGGCAAUCACAAAUGUCCAGAUUGGACUAAAUUUUCGUAGAUAUUAUGGAAGUCUUUUGUUAUCAUUGCAUUGUCUUUUAUGUGUAGUCACUUUACUUUAAAAAUACCUCCUAUCAAAUUCAGUGGCAGCAUACCUGAAGAUAAGCACUUAUGUGUAUAAUUUCUUCUAAGGCAUAGAAGUGUGGGGUGUGAUCUAGGUAUCCAUAUACUUCAUGCACCUGUUAAGUUAUAUUUCCAAGAUGCUUAGUCCAUUAAUCUGUCUGUCCUGUUAACUCUAAUGGAGGGGCUUGUUACACUUGACUUUAGUCUGAUCAGGCUAAGAAAAAUUAAGGCAGUGCUCUGAGGUUAAAAAAGCUCUCCAAGCACCAGAACUAUAGCUUGCUGUAUUGGUUAUGGUGCCAGGAGUGUGCUGUCGCACUCCUCAGGUAAGAAGUCACAGUUCAAAAACUUUUGGCAACUUACGUGGAGUUCACUGGGCACAGUCUCCUGCAGAGCCAGAAACUACUGCAGCGAUCCUCCAUUAUCGCCAAUGAUAGAUGUCCUGCACCGCCAGGUUUAGCAGAGUGCUGGGAGAUUCGGGGGGCAGGCAGAGAGAGAUAGGAGAAGGUGAUCAGCAUCUGGUAGACCCAAGCUAAGUUAUUAAACGGUUUAAUUACCCUGAAAGGGCGAUAGGGGAGGGAAUGUGUUGGAACAUCAGAAAGCAGCACGGAGCCAGGAAGCACCUCCAGUGGCCAUCUGAGGAGUGGCCACUUGGAGGUGUCCCUAGGGGCAAUGUAAACACUGCCUUUGCAUGAAAUUGCCUGAAGGCAAUGAUUAUACUUAUCAGAAAAACUAUAUUAAGCUGUAGUUGUUCUGGUGACUAUAUAGUGUCCCUUUAACCCCUUAAGGACACAUGACAUGUCAUGAUUCCCUUUUUAUUCCAGAAGUUUGGUCCUUAAGGGGUUAGUCAGGACAACGAUUGUCCUGAUGGAUAAGUAGAUUGGGCUACCACUUUAGCCUAUGAAGUAAGAUUUUAUUUACUUUCAAUAUUUUAUUUUUUUUCCCUCUCGAAUGUAACUCAUUGUCAUGAGUCGACCGCAAGUAGUGUAAUCAGUCUUUGAAUGUGUAAACUGAAGAUGCAAAUUCUAGUAUAUUAAAUUAAUUCCCUCUAGAACAGGUGACCUCACGUUCUUGGUUUCUCAGAGAUUUGGGGACUUAACACAAUUGUCUCCACUUUAAAGUAGACAAGCGCAAAUGCUCCAAAAACGUUGAACACUCUAGCUUUAGAAAUCCAUGUCUGUAUUCCUAAUGUUAGUUUUAUACCAUUUUGUUUAAAUUCAGGCCCCCUUGGCUUAUUUCUUACUUCUCUGGUCUUGCAGAGCAGCUACUCCUCAUAUGGCUGAGAACAAUACUGUUGUAUAGUCAUUGGAGUUGGCAUUACCCAGCAAUAUAAAAAUUGCCAUUUCUUAGGAAAGGCAGAUUUACAACUGCCUUAAAGUACACUCCAAAAAGCUUACCAAAAAGAUUUGUGUGAAGCGUUUUUUUUUUUUUUUCUCCUUCUUAAAAAGUGCAGAUUUCAGUAGAAAUUGACAUUUUUAUAACUUGUACUGGGGAUACCCCACUGACUUUUCAAGCAGACAACUGGUCCUGUUACGUCUUUUAUUUUAUUUUUUUUAUUUUUUGAAGCAUAUUUACACUGCACUCAAGAUGCAGCAAUUGUUCAGUCUUGCAAAAAUAUUCUCACUGAGCCCAACUGGGGAGGCUGUGUUUGGACAGCCACUGAAAGUUUGGGCUGGGAAAGAAGUGGAGGGCAGGCUAAUGUAGGAGAUGAGAUCUGCACGUUUUGCAAGCUGUCUUUAGAUAUACACCAAAUGAAAACUUGCAUGCAUUUAAUUAUGCAUUUUCUUUUUAAAUUUGCCAAUAUCUACUUAACAGUGAUUUUCAGUUUUUAUUUGGGCCGUGGAGAGUUUCACUUUAAACUGUAGUGGUUCUGAUGCCUAGUGUCCCCUUUUAACCGCAAAGAUGUUUUGCCUUAUACCGCAGUAAGCUCUACAAACCUGUCACUGUAAGUCUAAAAUCAAAUAUUCAAUUUGUCACUCUAUCACAUGAAUGUGGCUUGCAUGUGAGGGGAAGGGGGGGGGGGGGCAGAAAUCUAGCGUCAGGCGACCAAAACUCGCCUAAUGGUUCAGAAGUCCCUUUAGCGGCUAUCUUGUAGACCGCCCUUAGAGGUGGAGCUAAUGUCUGCAAUAAUUGCCUUUUUUGAGGGUUAAGGGGCUUGGGACAGUGGUCUGGUUGUCUAUAGUGUCACUUUAGGUAUAUUUGUGCUAGUGUCUGACUCAAUUUUUUAAUAUAUAUAUUUUUUUUUUUUUUUUAACGAUCUUAAAUGAACCUAGCAUGUAUUACAGCUUCUUUGAGGUUUUGUAAUAUAUAUCUAGGUGUGUUUUUGUAUCUAUGUACCUCAUUGCAGUUUUAUUUAUUUUAAUGUGUUUUUCUGCCUUACAACUUGGUUAAUUGGGACAGACAUCCUUAGCAUUAUUUUUGUGCAGAUGCACUACUUAUUCAACUAAACAUGCAGAUGAACUAGUCCUCUAUGAAAUCAGGGCUCGACCAAUCACAGAUCGCCAUGGCGAAUAAAAAGUUUGUCCUGGUGUUUGUCAGCCCUUCAGUGGAGGCAAACGGCUACAUGAGAAUGCAGGUGGCGCGGGGGCAGUAAUCUUUCUCUGUUUAGAGAUGCUAGGAGUUGGAAUAUGAGGUCAGUGAGGCCCGGCAUCACUAAACGGCUCAUGAGGGAGAAAAGCCAGAAGAGCUUGUAGAUUACAGCAGCCACACUGGAACCCAGGGAAAGGAUCAACUCCGGCUCUCCCAAAUGUAGUGGGGCUUGGUGGACUUAAAGUAAAAAGACAUUUUCUCACAUAUUGACAAAUUCAGUAUCCAUCUGUGUGUAAGUUGGCAACCCCCUACGAUCGCAUUGAAAAGUUGUGGGUUUUUUUUUUUUUUACGCCAUGAGUGCAGACUCCCACUAGAGGUGUUACUAGACAGCAAUGCAAACACUGCCUUUUCUAUGGAGGGUGAAAGCACUAUAUUUGAUCCUGUAACUUUCCAAUAAACCUUUACAUAGGGGGUACUCUUAUAAUAGUGAGACGUCUCUCUUAACAUGUGUAUUUUAUUGCAGUAAAAGCGAACCGUAUUAUGACGAUCACAGUUAAAAUGUCAUGCGGAGCUAAAAAAAAAACAAUUUUUUCCAAUUUGUUUCAUUUUUCUAAUUCGUUUUAAGUUAUCUUUAAUAUGUAAAUAUUUGAUGAAAGCCCUGCUUCUUCCGAACAAAAUGACAUAAUUGUGAGUGUGCCUUAUAUAUAAAAUAGGUAAAUUUUGGUUGUACAGACACCUAGCCCAAAUUCUAGCGUUUUGAUUCAGAACUUGUAUACUUGCCUCCAUCAUUAAGGGGUUAAGCCGUGCACUAUAUUAUGACUAUUGUGGUGUAGACUUGGGUAUGUUCUGUAUGGUUGUGACACAGGAAAAACUGGCACUCUUUUUAGUGGCAAACUGCUGGGCAAAAUUGGAGCCUUCAGACCUUGGCUGAAUUUCAUAGGAACUCGCUGAUUAAGCACCUGGUUGCAUAAAAUGUCAGCAUUGGGCCCAUCCCCUCCUUCCUGUUUGUGAAUCUUCCUCAAUGUGCCAUCUGUCAUGUCAGACUUCUAAAUGGAGUCAAUAAAGAGAUGGAUAUAGGUAUAUACGUAGAGAUUUAUUUAUUUAUAUUUUAACCUUUUUUGCUUGAUGAUGGUGUUUCUCCUACAAAUGGUGAUUGCAAUUGUUUUCCACAUUAGAUUAUCUGAUGGGUGCUGGCCGUAGUCUGCAUUUAGUCAAACUGGGUGCUAGGUCUUUAUUGCAUUUAUAAAGCAAUGUAUAACAUUAGUGCAGCAAAAUUCACCAUUCACAUUUUUGAGUUUUUAUUUAGAGUGACCAAACAUUCCAGUGUUUCUUUGAUGGAAGCGGGUUUAAAAAUGCAGCCUGAUGAAAGUUUUUUACAUAUCGUUAGGUUCAUAAAUAUUUGUGGUUUUUAUAUAAAAAAUUUUUUAAAGGGACACUAGGCACCCAAACACGUCAGCUCAUUGAAGUGGUCUUGGUGCAGUGUCCCAGGUCCCUUAAUCCUGCAAAGGUAAUUAUUUCAGUUUUUGAAAAACUGCAAUAAUUAUCUUUGAGUGUUCACUCCACCUCUAGUGACUGCCAGACAGUCACUAGAGGGAUUUCCUGGUAGUUGGGUGACUUUUGGUUGCCUAAUUGAUGCUGGACGUCCUCGCGCUAUGCAUGAGAACAUCCAGCAUCAUGUAAAACCCCAUAGGAAAGCAUUAUACAUGCUUUCCAAUGAGGGACAAUACUAAUGAGUGCAACCAUGGCCGUGCAUGCUUAUUGGGUCUUUCCAGCUGGUUGACAUUUUAAAUAUUAUUUCAUUUGAGUGCUGUCUGGUAUCGCUAUUCAAUUUUAAUCCAUACCUGUAUAUGUGAUGUUCCAGGGAUAAACCUGUUGCUUGUCCUAGAUCUAAACCUUUAAAUGUGAAUCUAUUGAGCAUUGGACUGUGACUAAAGUACAUUUAUAAACAGAAAAAUAGUAAAGUUCAUAUAACUGUAAGUCAGUGAAUUUGUAAAUAAAAGAAUUGUGUGCAACCAGUGUUCUAAACAUGGUCUUUAACUUUUAAUUUUCUACCACAAAAUCACUUUAACAGCCUCUUCAAGGUUGCUUUAGAUAGGGAAACCUGAAAGUCUGGGUCAUAAAGACCUUUCUAAAAUCAUGAACGAAAAAACACAUUACGUUAACGUGGGCACAAAUUUUUAAUUUAUUUUCCCCUUCAGACCUGCACAUAACGCAUAGCUUUUUUUUUUUUUUUCAUGCAAAUGUUGAAGUCCCUCUGUAUUUUAAUUGGAUGGAAAUGGGCGCACAUUAUGCCUGAAAUAUAAAAGAAUGUUCUGAGUUUGAAAAAUAAACCUUUGUUAUUGGGUAAAGACAAGAUCAGGGUAAAACUCCUUAUGUCACUUUAGGCAUACAAUAUUUACAGUAAUUCUGUGGUGGCAAUCAUCCACUUGAUCACUUUAUACGUAGAAGGCUGCAGAGUCUCCCCUGUCUUCUGUUUUUCUUACGGGCUACUUGGAUUAUUUGAGUAUUUUUCUUUUCUUUUAGACUAACAGGGAUGCCAAAAGAAAAAUAUGACCCUCCUGAUCCUCGCAGAAUUUAUACCAUCAUGUCAGCAGAGGAGGUGGCCAAUGGAAAGAAGUCUCACUGGGAUGAAUUGGAGAUUUCUGGUAAGUAAAUAAAUCUUAAUUCAAAAUGUCUAAAUUACUUGAGAUUAAUAUUGCUGCAACAACUUUCUAAAUGUCGUGGUCUCAAACCAGCCAAACCUAAAGGGAAAGAUAAAAUCUCCCAAAAAAUCUUGGUUAAUCAUAUCUGCCAUUCUUCUGUCUUUAUUCAUUCAAAGAAAAUUUGACUUUUUCUGUAGGAUUUGCGAAUGGGAUCUUGACUCCUGCAAAAGCUUAAAGCAACCCCAAAUACAUUUGCACACAAACCUGAUUAUAACACACUCUCUCUCAGAAGGGCUCGUGAGAACUUUAGUAGUCAGCCCUGCAGUUUCUAGUAAGCGUUUCAGACUGCCUUACCCUAAAAGCUGCAAGGUACACACUGGGUAUUCAGUAUAGUGAUCACCACACCUAUACCUGUUUUUAUUUUCUUUAUGCCAAUUGCUAUUAUGUGUGUAUAUUUUAUGUCACCAGGUCCAUAUGUUUCUUGUCAACUGUAUGGACCAUUAAUUCAGUACUUGCCCCCUUCCCAAAUUGAGGAUUCAAAAGAAGAUAUUGGAGGGUAAGAGAUGCAGUCUUUUGUGCACUUGCCCAGUUACACACUCGCAACGCAAAGGGUGUGGUAUUUUCCUCCCCUUCAUGUUUUUUUCCAACCUUUGUCCACUUGUUCUUCUCCUUUUUCAUCUUUUGAAGUUUAUUCCAUUAAUCUCUUUAGUCUUCUCUCAGCCAAUGUUGCUGUUAUCUAGCGCACUCCUUUACGCAUCCUUACUUUGUCUCCUCUGACAUUCCUUUCAUUCUCGGUGACUUCAAGAUACCUGUUAAUCAGCCUAACAACUCAACAACAUCUUGACUUCUAUCUAUCGCCUCCUUUAGCCAUUCUCUGUGAAACAACUACUUUGCACACAUAGCCGGUAAUAUGCUUGAUCUAGUUUUCUCCAAUAUUUGCUCUGUCUCUAACACGCCUUUCCUUCUGUCUGACCACCAUUUUCUAACCUGCACUGUCGAUGUGCCUUCAGUCAACAUACUAAAUCUAGCUUACCUUGGGCUGUCCAAAAAAACCUAGCUCAUUUUAUCUACAUCAGUUCUUUAUUUCUCCCCCUUUAUACUCCUUGCUACGUUCCUAUACUUCUGCUUUUUCCCUUGCCAAUCAAGAUUAGUUAACCCCACUCAUAUCCACCUUCUGUCAGGAUACCAAAUGCCUCUUUCAUACCUGUAACUUCCAUUGCAUUAACGAAGCUCACAGCUAGAUUAUGCAUGUCACUUGACUGACCAGAUAAACCAAACUAGGAAUGCAGUCUCCCCGCUUUCCUCCUCGCAUUCAAUAUGCCGCUGCCAUUCUGUGUAUCUUUCCAUUUUAACUACUUUCCUUCUGUCUCUGAACUAAAGUUAGUUAAACUUGUACUUUCCACUUGCCCCACAACAUGCCUUCUUGAGCACCAUCGCCUUCUCUAAUAGUUCAACCCGGCACAGUUCCUUCACUAUUUUGCUAAAUCGCCCAUUACUCCUCCUUUUAAAUUUUUUUUUUUUUCUAUUCUCCUUCUCUUUUCCCCUUAUUUCUCUUAGACCUUUCUGCUGCCUCUUAUACGGUUGACCACUCUUCUUCAAUCUCCACAACCUUGAACACUGUGACAUUGUGCUUUCUUGGUUUUCAUCCUCCUCCCCUCUGCCUGUUUCAGUUGGUGUUCCUCAAUGCUCUGUUCUUUUAUUUUCUAUUUACACUGCCUCUCUUGACUCCUUUAAAUAUCGUUGGCAUAUAGAUGGUAUGGAAAUCCAAAUUUACCUCUCAUUCUCUGACCUCUCUCCUGGUAUACGUCUCAAUCUCUGGAUGUCUUACCUUUUUCUAAAACCUAAUCUUUCUAAAACUGAACUCCACUCCCGAAACCCCCUUCCCCCUGUCCAAUAGAUGCCCCAUUGACUUGCAGGAUGAUUGAUGGAGUGCUAUUUUCCCCAACCACUCAUGCUCAUUGCCUUGGUGUUUUUUUUAACUUGUCUUGCCUUUUCCACCUUAAAAAUAUUGCCUGCAUUGGCCCCUUUUCAGCUCAGGACUCAAUUAAGCCAAUUGUUCACGCGCCCAUCUUUUUCCGACUUGAUUAUUGCAACUCACUACUAAUCGGUCUUCCACAAAAAAAGCCUUGCCCUUUUCAGUUUUAAAUGAAUGCUGCAGCCAGGGUCAUCUUCCUGACUGAACGGUACUCCCAUUCCUUGUUAAUUACAUUUGCUUCCUGUACAUUUCAACAUCCAAUUCAAACGAACGCUAUCCUACAAAGCUCUCACUUACACCACUCCUCACUAAUUUCCUCUUUAUUCAUCUUCCUGGGUAACACUUCUCUGAUUUUACUGUCCUCAUUGAUUCCCUUGACUCCAUAGCCCAGCUCACUCACUCUCCUGCCACUGAUCGGUUCUUCCACGCACCACUUUUACCAGUUUGUUUUCACACCGGAAUCUUAUCCAUCAAUUCUUGCCCCCUCUGACAAGCUGUUAUUUGUCUUGUGUGUCUUAACCCAUUCUGCAUAGAUUGUAAGCUUGCAUGAGCAGGGCCUGCUUCCCCUCUUGUGUUAACUUCCAUAUGCAAAUAUCUUGUCAGAACUCUAUUUUACAAUUGUAAAGCACUUCAGAAUAUGUUGGAGCCAUGUAAAUAAUUACAUUUCCUUUUUGACAUCUGAGAACUAGGAUAGCUGGCUUAUACCUGCAGUGAAAUGUUUGUCCCUCCUAUAUUUGCAGGUUGCGCUCUGCACCAUAAUCUUUGUAGUGGUGAAAUGUUAUGGUUCGUAUUGACCUUUUUCAAUACCCUUAAAAUAAGCAUAACAAUUACUAUUUAGAUUUUGUUGGCAAGGUAUUUUCAUUUAAUUAUUAUUACUAUUAUUGCCAUUUAUAUAGCGCCAACAGAUUCCAUAGCGCUUUACAAUAUUUUGAGAGGGGGGAUGUAACAAAUAGGACAAUUACAAGAAAACUUACAGGAACAAUAGGUUGAAGAGGACCCUGCUCAAACGAGCUUACAGACUAUAGGAGGUGGGGUAUUAGAAACAUUAGGACAAGAAAUAUCAAGUAGGAGUGAAGCAGAGCUGGAGGAGAGAGCAAAGCACUGUCCCAUAGAGAGCAGGAGACAGGUAUGUAAGGUAGAGAUUACUCUGGGAGGCCAUAAGCUUUCCUGAAGAGAUGGGUUUUAAGGCCCUUCUUAAAUGAUUGAAGACUAGGGGAGAGUCUGAUGGCAGUAGGCAAGCUAUUCCAUAGGAGAGGAGCCGCCCGCGAGAGGUCCUGCAAGCGCGAGUUGGCCGUACGGGUGCGAGCAGCGGUCAGGAGGCGGUCACGGGCAAUAGCGGAGGAUACGAGGAGGGGCAUAUCUAUGGAUUAGUGAAGAGAUAUAAGUGGGGCUAGAAUUGUUCAAUGCUUUAAAUGUAUGGGUUAGCACUUUGAAUUGACUGGCAGAGUGAGGUGGGAGAGGACCGACUAGAGAGGAAAAUCAGUCUAGCUGCAGCAUUCAUUACAGACUGUAGCGGGGCAAUACGGCUUUUGGGGAGACCAAUCAGGAGAGGGUUACAGUAAUCCAUGCGGGAAAUUACUAGAGCAUGGACAAGCUCCUUGGUAGCAUCUUGCGUAAGAAAGGGGUGAAUUCGGGCUAUGUUUUUGAGUUGGAAGGUGAGACCAGAGUAAAGUAUGACGCCAAGACAGCGUGCUUGCAGGGAUGGACUUAUGUGGAUAUCACUGACUUGAAGGGAGAGCGAGAGAGGAGGAUCAGUAUUAGGAGGAGGAAAGACAAGGAGUUCGGUUUUAGAGAGGUUAAGUUUCAGAAAGCGUGAGGACAUCCAGUCAGAGAUGGAAGAAAGGCAAGCAGUGACACGUUCCAGGACGGCAGGGGAGAGGUCCGGGGAGGAGAGGUAUAUCUGAGUGUCAUCAGUGUACAGGUGGUAGUGGAAUCCAAAAGAGGCAAUAAGUUUACCAAGAGAGGCAGUAUAAAGAGAAAAUAGAAGGGGACCAAGGACAGACCCUUGGGGAACUCCAACCGAGACAGGACGAGGGGAGGAGGUAUCCUUGGAAAAGGACACUGGAUGAGCGUUGGGAGAGAUAGGAGGAAAACCAAGAGAGGACAGAGUCGCAGACCGAGCGAUUGAAGAGUUUGAAGGAGAGCAUGAUCAACGGUGUCAAAGGCAGCAGAGAGGUCAAGGAGAAUUAAUAUGGAGUAGUGACCUUUUGGAUUUAGCGGAGAUUAGGUCAUUAGUCACUUUGAUAAGAGCAGUCUCAGUAGAGUGGAGAGGGCGGAAGCCAGACUGAAGAGGGUCAAGGAGAGAGUUGGAAUUAAGGAAGCGGGACACACGGGUAAAGACAAGUCUUUCCAAAAGCUUUGAUGAGAAAGGGAGCAGGGAUAUGGGACGAUAGUUAGAAGGGGAGGAUGGGUCAAGAGAUGUUUUUUUCAGGAUAGGUAUUACAGUGGCAUGUUUAAGGUCAGCAGGAACAGUGCCAGAAGAGAGAGAGAGCAGUUAAAGAUGUGUGUUAGGGUAGGCACAAGACAAGGGGAGAGAGAUCUGAUGAGGUGAGAUGGGACAGGAUCGAGCGGGCAAGUGGUGGGGCGAGAGGAAUGGAGAAGCGCAGCCACCUCUUGUUCAGUAGCCGGGUAGAAAGUCUGGAGGGUAGGGAAAGCAAGAUUUACAUGUGGUUGAGAAAGAGAAUGGCAAGGAGGGGAGAAUUGUUUCCUUAGCUGUUCAAUCUUGUCGGUAAAGUAGCAUGCAAAGCUAUCAGCUGUAAGGUUAGUUUGGGGGGUGGCCACAGCAGGGCGGAGAAGGGAAUUAAAGGUGUCAGACGUCUGGAAUUGCGGGAGCAUGAACUAAUGAGAGGAAAAGUAUGACUGUUUGGCGAGGGCUGUGCUGUAUGAAAGCAACAUGAAUCUAUAAUGGAGAAAGUCUGCCUGGGUGCGGGACUUCCUCCAGGAGCGUUCAGCACAACGGGAGCAAAUCUGCAGAUAGCGUGUUGAUUUAUUAUGCCAAGGUUGGGGUCGUGUCCUCCUCGAGGUGCAUGUUUGGAGCAGGGCUGCAGCGUUCAAGGCAGAUGUGAGGGUAGUGUUAUAUGUGGAGAUGGCCAGUGAGGGACAGGAGAGGGAAGGGAUGGAUAGCAGUUGUGAAUCAAUCUCAGCUGACAGCUGCUGGAGGUCAAUAGAGUUAAGGUUCCUCCUGAGCUGAGGGGGUUAGGCUGAGAUUGUUGGGUGAGGGGGUAAUUGAGAGCAAACGAUAAGAGGUGGUGAUUAGAGAGAGGAAAUGGAGUGUUGCAGAUAUUAGAUAUUGUACAUGAAUAAGAGAAAAUAAGGUCGAGGGUAUUGCCAGCUACAUGAGUGGGAGAAUUAGCCCACUGCAAAAGUCCAAGGGAGGAAGUGAUUGAAAGUAGUUUAGAGGCUGCUGGGGUUAAAGGUGGGUUAAUGGAAUGAUAUAGGCACACAGACAGCUCAAUCUUAUUGAAGUGGUCUGGAUGCAGUGUCUAUGUUCCCCUAACCCUGUAAUCUAAAACAUUACAGUAGCAGAGAUGUUUUAUUUUGGAAGGCUAAGGCUACUUCUAGUGUCUACCAAACAGACACUAAAGGUGCUUUCUGCUGUUUCAUGGAGUUCGUUUAGCGUCUUCAACUCUCCCGUUGAAUCAAUGCUUUCCUAUGGGGGUGGCCUAUUUGCUGCACAAUUGCAUCAGGUUCCUCCUCAGUACUAACAUCUGAAGAUACGGCGCCAGCUCCGAGGGAACUCUGCGCUGAUAUAAAGUGAGUGUAGAGUUUUUUUUUUUUUUGUGUGUAUGUACACACACCUUUACAUUGUUACAAAGGAUGGGGAGGGAAGGAGUGUUGGAUAUUUGGUGUGCCUACCCUUAAACGCCAUAAAUCUGAACCAAAAUAUCUGAGGCUGCUGAUUCAUACAUUGAGUUGCCACAAUAGAUUAGCCCUCAUUUGGAAAGAAGUUAUUCUUCUGUCAUGCUUAACCCCUUAAGGACACAUGACAUGUGUGACAUGUCAUGAUUCCUUUUUAUUCCAGAAGUUUGGUCCUUAAGGGGUUAAAAAUAAAUCCUUGUUUUUAAAUUAGUGGGGGAGGUGGUUAUUUGGACUAUACCUUUUUAUUUUCCUCCAUUGCAGAAAUGUUAGUGCUAUAGUAUGAAGUCUAAAACACUGAUCAAUUUACUGAAAGGGCAUGUGCUUUUUUUUCAAAUGUAAUCCAAAAUGAAUGAUUCAAUUCUUCCAGCAAAUGUAAAGUGAAUCUGUAAAUUCCAAUAGUCAUGCAUGUUUUUAUUUUUAUCUAUUUAUGCUCACAUGGGAAGAGGUCUGUGAACAAUCUUGCUAGAUGGUGGGAUUCUCCACAGGCAAACUUGCACAAUGCAGGAGAAAGUACUACUUUUCAACAAUUGCUGUGUCUGCAAGCUGAUAGGAGAGACUCCGCUUUGUCAGCCUUUAUAUUGUCCACAACAUAAAAUAGUCCCUACUUUAUGAAAUAUUUUGUUGCUCAUAUUGACAUUUUCCUGAAAUUCUAAUGCAAUCAAGACCUCACACGAAAAAGAUUUUAAACUAUAUGAAAUGCUUGGUGGCCAGGAAUGUCAGUGCAGCUUUAAUCGGUGUUGCUCGAGAAACUCAGUCUGGCCAUUGCUGAAGGUGUUCUUUAUUAAAGUUGUCAGUUUUUACAUCUAAGCCAUCUGGGGUGAAAACCAGCAUUCAUCUUAACAUGUUAGGUGUUUGUCACCAUUUGGACUGCAUUUUAAAUAGCUUUUGCUUUUCUUCAAGUUUUUGAUUAAUAUAGAUUUGAUUUUAUAUUUUUUUUCAAAUGGAGUUCUCCAUGCAUUCUGAAUUCUUUUUGUUUUGACUUUUAGGUAGGGUGCGGAGCUUAAGUACAUCACUCUGGACUUUGACACAUCUUACAGUGCUCCACCUCAGUGAUAAUAACCUCUCUCGUAUUCCACCUGAUAUUGCCAAGCUCCAAAAUCUGGUUUAUUUGGACCUUUCAUCCAAUAAGCUCAGAAGUUUACCAGCAGAGCUAGGGAACGUAGUGUCUCUCAGGUGAGUGGGAUAAGCCAUGUUUGGCAAAGUGGUGGCAAAAGUGUCCUUUGGAAACCUUUUUUGGGAAACUGGUGUUAAACACCACAAUCUUCUUAUUGCCUUACUGAGUGAAAUGCCACCCAUCUUUGUAAAAGCUAAAGCAAGAGUAGCUAGUAGCUAGCAACCCUCCAUGUGUUUAACUAUAGCACCCAUUGUCCCAUCUCUGCCUAGGGCAUCAUGGUGGCUCUAGUUAAAUGGCUGGAGGACAACCUGUUAACCUAUUUUCAUAAUUUAUACUGCUGCCCUCUACCACAUGGGUGGACAAAAUUGGUAAUGGAUCACAUUGCGAGAUGUCUGGCUUUAGUUGCUCUGUACUUGCAUAUAUCUUGUAAAAGGCAAAUAAGCCGCUUUGAUUCACCUGUUUUCUCAGCAGCUAGUCUUGGCGAAUGUAAUUUCUUAAUCACUAUUAAGAAUGUUACAUGUAAGGAAUAGUUGGCCGUUCUCAUCGGCUUCAGUGAGGAUGACAUUGUCCAGUUUAAAGGCAGCUGAGACAUCGGGGAGGGCAGGGGUGUGGGAAGAAACUCUGACUGCUUAAUUUAAAUAAAAGUAUUUAUUUUAUUUUUUGGUAUGUUUAUGAUGUUGCUUUAUGUUGACAAAUGUUUUAUUUAUUUUUCAUUGUCCAACAGGGAAUUGCUUUUAAAUAACAAUCUGUUACGGGUUUUACCUUAUGAACUGGGGCGACUGUUUAGGCUUCAGACCCUGGGGUUAAAAGGUAAGUCACUUACUGAUUCAAUAGCAUUAGAACAGCAAUAUUAAACAAGUUACUUGGAUUCUUCUGGGGAAUUGUAUACUUGUGGCAUGCUUUUUCAAAUGGUAAAAUGCUUUGUUUUAGGGAUAAAUCCUCUGUAAGAAACUUUGAGCUGCAGUCUUCAAAUUGCAGACUGUCCUGACUCUUUUUAGACUUGGGUUUAAAUACAAAACACAUUAUUGCAACUGUUUUUGUGCAAUGAGCCAAUGCCUCCCAGCUCAUGACUAAACACUUAAAUGUGCAUUUUUUUGUUUAAUUCUUUUUGAGGAUUCAUCCCUUUUUAUCAUUUGAAAUGUUUGGUGUCUGUUACCAAGGAUGCUGAGAACCAGUAUCUGCGCCAUGCUAUCCUAAAGUCGGUGAACACCGUUAUCCCACAGAUGCCCUAUGUGUCACUUUAUCUGGAGAUAGUGGUGUGAGUGCAUAUUUGAAGAUUGCCUGUGUGCAUGAGAGUGGAGUUUGCUGUCAAGACUUGUGUUUUGGCAAUGUGUUUGGUAACAUAAGAGAGAUUUCUGGCAUGGCUUUAAAGAUGUAGUACCCAGAAUAGGUAACGGGGUUGUUUAUAUUCUAGCCCCCUUAUAGUCUCAAGCAAGUUAAACAAUGCUGUAUCUCUGAAAUGGCAGUGUUUAACAUUGCAGGAGCAAAAUAUGCAGCACCGUACUAGGACUACUUGAUUGAAAUGAAGUGGACUGGGUGCUUAGUGUCCCUUUAAAGGAACACUAUAGUCACCUAAACAACUUUAGCUUAAUGAAGCAGUUUUAGUAUACAGAUCAUGCUUCUCAGGUUUCACUGCUCAAUUCACUGUCCUUUAGGAGUUAAAUCACAUUGUUUCUGUUUAUACAGCCCUUGUCACUCCUCCCCUAACUCUGAUUGACACAGCCUGCAUGAAAAAAAAGGUUUCCCUUUCAGUCAGAUGUAACUUACCUUAAACAAUUGUAUCUCUUUCUCUGUAAAUUGAACUUUUAAUCACAUACAGGAGGCUCUUGCAGGGUCUAGCAAGCUAUUAACAUAGCAGGGGAUAAGAAAAUCUAACUUGAACAGUACUUGCACUAAAGGAAUCAUAAACGUUAGAUGACUCUUUACAGGAAGUGUUUAGGAAGGCUGUGCAAGUCACAUGCAGGGAGGUGUGCCUAGGGUUGCAUAAACAAAGUGACUUAACUCCUAAAUGGCAGAGAAUUGAGCAGUGAGACUGCAGGGACAUGAUAUAUACACCAAAACUGCUUAAUUAAGCUGAAGUUGUUUUGGUGACUAUAAUGUCCCUUUAAUAUUAGUUACAAGCAAACUGAUCAGCAUGUGAACUGCCAUGGGCUAAUAGGAUCUUAUUAGGUAGAAGGUUCACCAAGUAUGGAACAUUGUCCUGGUUUCACACUGGCAUAAACAGCACUCAGAGUAGGAAUGAGCUUUGUGUCUCAUUUUUAUACAAUUUUCCUCUAUGGCUCUAUAUGGGAGGCACAGUAGAUGGGACCCCCAUAUUCAUAGUAAAUCCUAGGGUCCUUUGGCCCAAAAGUCUCUUCAUACGUUUUUUUUUAUAUUUUUUUUUUUUUUUUUUGCUUGUACAAUUUUUAUAUGUAUCCACAUUUCAGUGACUAUUGUGUUCUUAUUCUACAGGCAACCCUUUAUCACAGGACAUCCUUAGUCUAUACCAAGAACCGGAUGGGAUCCGAAAGCUACUGAAUUACAUGCUUGACAAUCUACAAGGUAGUCAUCUGCAAUAUAGACAGGUUAACAGUAGCCAUCUCUGUAUAAGUAAAAAUCUAGGUCAAGAGUGGGUAACCUUUGGCACUCGAAGUUUGACUCCCCUGAUGUUUUGCCAGCUUUAUGGUUGCAAGAGCAUUAUGGGAGAUGUAGUCCACAACAUCUGGAGUGCCAAAAGUUGCCUACCCAUGAUCAAGGUCAUAAACAACUAAUUGGGAGUUCUUUCUAAAGCGCAAUUUUGAGGUAAAAUUUUAAAGAAUCCUGCCAUGAUAUGAUCACUAAAUACACUCGUUGUCUCUUAACCCAUUAACGCCAUGGAACGCCCUGCAUGUUUUGCUGUGAGCAGGGUAAAAUCCAUGCUUACACCAGGAAUCCCAGGUAUCAAUAGCUACCUGGAGCUUCACUGUCUGUUGGGGCUGUUUUUAAUGGCCUCAGACUGACAGGUCAGCAGCAAGCAGAGUUCAGUGAUAUCUGCAUACAGUUCUUUUAAUAGGGAUUUAAAUCUGCAUAGAGCGCAAUGUAAUGUUAUACCAUGGUUAAUUCCCUGCCCACACACGGAAAGUCUGGUAUCCAUAGAUACCUCUGGUUCCCCUGUGUCAACUGGGGCCAUUUUGUUGAGAUGCAUGCAGUGCUGAAAGUAAACACUGCAUUAUAGCUCUUAAAGUCCAUCCACUGCAGUUGAGUGACUAAGCUCAGCGAUUCUCUCACUGGACUUAGUGACUGGGAGACUCCCAGAGGGUCUUAACAGACCCUGAAGGGUCUCCCUCCUUGACCUAAUGGCAGCUUGAUCAGUGCUGGGCUUUGUCAGAUACUCUGCACUGAUGUCCAUGCAUUGGGCAUACUAUAAUCAAUAAAAGAUGGUAAUCUCACACUGAAAAUAGUAAAGAGAUGGCAGCAACAUACCACUUUGUUUUAGCUUAAAUUUCAGUUUGCUAAUUUCAGUAUGGAUAUUAACCGAGGGAAACCUUUUGGGAUUUGGAUUAAAUAGGGGAUUGGGUUCAAAUUCUAAACCCAUCUUGAAUAUAAACCUUAUAUUUAUAUUUAUUCUGAAGAUUGGAAUUAAGUUUCAGAUAAAAGUUUGGAUUAGGGCCGGGAAGGGAAUCCCUCUGCUUAAAUCCACAAGGGAAUUCCUCUGCUGACAUUGACAGAAGGAAUCCUUUUAACUGCAUUUAUUGGAUUAUGGUUAUAAAUAUUAAUAUGGGUUGGGAUCAUGGUGAGGAUUAUAACAUUUGGAAAUUGGUUUAGAACUAGCAUUUGUGUAAGGAUUAAGGACUUGGACUGCAAUUUAAGAUUAUGUUGCAGUGGUAUUACAGAUCAUUUGUACUCAAUGUUGAGUAUGGUUAAAAUACUUUUUAUUACAGUGGGACACAUAAGCUUAAAAAUACAAAGUGGAAAAUAAAUACUACAAACUUUGGGGGUGGGAAAGGCACCUCAAUAUACGACAUAUGAGAUACCCUGGAGUGUUUAACUUUAUAAAUGAUCGGCCUUUGGGGCAAUUUAGAACACCUUGCUAGAAUGCCCAAAAAAUGCGCCAUAAGACCAUCAAAACUCUCUCUCUCAUUUUAACAAAAACUGAAAUGGUAUGGCAAAGACAUACUUUGGAGGUACAGUACUCAGAAUGCUGUUCUAUCGGCUUAGUGCAGUUUAGUUACUAACUUAUUACCAUUCUGUGUUAAUCAAAACAAACGACCGGCACCAAAACAACUUAAUCUAAAUGAAAUUGUUAUUGUGCCAGGAGGAUCAGGUCAGGGAUCUAACCAUUUUUGAACGGUUUAACCCCGAAGUUGCCUCCAGCGCAGAUCUUCACUGGCAGGGGUGCCGCUGAUGGCAUUCAGAUGAUUCAGCCAAUCAGUGACGCCCCAUUCACAAAACUGGCUUUGAAAAGGACUGUUGAUUGGUGCUCGAGGCAACUUUGGGAUUAAACUGUUCGAAAUGGGCUUAACCCCAUGAAGAAUAUGCCAGACGGUCUCCUGGCACCAUAACUUAGAUUCGGUCGUUAUGGUGCCUUAUGAGGCCUAAACUGUCCCUUUAAACCUCAAUAUACUGGCCGUUUUAUCCUUAAGAAAAAGUUAGCAGUUUUCAUACUUGCAGCAUUUGUAUGACGCAGUUUACCGUGGCACCGUCCCAGCGUAAGCUGUCAAACAGUUUAUAAAUGGUUUGACUCUUAUCUGCCGGUUUGUGCCUUUUUGGUCCAUUCUUUUCUGCCUUUAUUUGUUCAAGUGGAAGUUUACACUUGAACAUCAACUGACUGCUCUCAGACAAUGAAAUAUGUUCAGGAAGUAUGCACUUCCACUUUAACAAAGAGAGGCAGUAUGGAAGGCUGCAGGCACCUGACAGAUGGGUAAAUGAGUUAACCCUGGUACAGAUUCACUGCUGUGGCAAUGGUGCUUAGUAUCUCUCUUAAAAGUAGAUCUGUAGAAGUAGGUAUGAGCAACUAGAGAUGAAGUCCUAUUCCAGCGUUGUACAUUUAUAAAUAAUGCUACCUUGUUGAAUUACCUUGACAAUAUAGUCUCUAGAACCACUAUAGCUUAAUGCACACUUGGUGCUCAGUCAGCAGGGACAUACUAAACGCCUUAUAACUCAAUCAUAAGAAUGGUCAGGGACCUAAACGGCUACUCCAACACUAUAAUGGGUCAACUUCCCACUAAGCCAGUGGUGAGAAGGUCCCUAACUGAUGUUCUACUCUACUUGCUGCAACAUCACCAUAACUGAUGGUAUGUCAGGCCACUGAUUGCUUCUCAUAGUAAAACGAAUUGAGGCAGGGAGCGUGAGUCUCAAAUGUUGCACCCAAAGUUUCAAUGCUUUCUAUGCUUCUCAGAAAGAGUGCACUUAUCUGGCUUUUUGAUAACUUGGUGGUUGCAACCAUGUAACUUUAUAAAAAGUGCUGAAGUCCUAAAAUUGGUGCAUUUGUGAAGUGGCACAUACUGGGUGCUCGAUUAACCCCUAAAUUACAGCAAACUGAACUGCUUUAAUGUUGUUGAGCAUCCAUCUAAAAUAUUUGCCUAAAAGGAUAAAUGAACUGCGUAUCACACAUGGUUUCCUCUAUACAAAAAUAUGUUGGAUAUAAUUUGAGUUGUAUGACGGAAAAACUGUUGGUCAUUUUGUUCUGUGUAUAUCAUACAAAUUAACAUUUUUAUUUUUUCCACAGUUCAUCCAGAACAGCUGCCUCACAGGCCAUGGAUAACAUUAAAAGAACGAGACCAAAUUCUUCCCUCAGGUAUCUGUCUCUUGUAUUUUGAGAGCAGUGUUAAAGCAUUCAUCCAAGGUUGUUUUUUUUUUUUUUUUACAGUCUUAAAGCACUGUUUUUAGAGCAGGAGUUCUAAUAAAGAUAAGAUUUUAAAUGUACUUUGUUUUGUUUGUUUUUUGGUUCAUUUAAAAUUUUUGCUGUGGUGAGUUAUUUACAAUGAAUCUGUAAAUAACUUGCACAAUUUAAUUUUCCUCUUGGCUGCUAUGGCACUUCAUUUUCCAAUAUAAUCUAUUGGGAUAAGUGUGUAAUUUACCCUUGACCAUGUAGAAUUUAAUUUUACAUUUACAUUACGUUAGCAGUUUUUUUUUUCAAACGUAACAUGUAAUCCUGUUGAGAUUAGAGGACCUCAAAAAACCUCUUGAGUAGAUUAUGGCAAUGAAAAUAGCUACAGGGAGUGCAGAAUUAUUAGGCAAGUUGUAUUUUUGAGGAUUAAUUUUAUUAUUGAACAACAACCAUGUUCUCAAUGAACCCAAAAAACUCAUUAAUAUCAAAGCUGAAUAUUUUUGGAAGUAGUUUUUAGUUUGUUUUUAGUUAUAGCUAUGUUAGGGGGAUAUCUGUGUGUGCAGGUGACUAUUACUGUGCAUAAUUAUUAGGCAACUUAACAAAAAACAAAUAUAUACCCAUUUCAAUUAUUUAUUAUUACCAGUGAAACCAAUAUAACAUCUCAACAUUCACAAAUAUACAUUUCUGACAUUCAAAAACAAAACAAAAACAAAUCAGUGACCAAUAUAGCCACCUUUCUUUGCAAGGACACUCAAAAGCCUGCCAUCCAUGGAUUCUGUCAGUGUUUUGAUCUGUUCACCAUCAACAUUGCGUGCAGCAGCAACCACAGCCUCCCAGACACUGUUCAGAGAGGUGUACUGUUUUCCCUCCUUGUAAAUCUCACAUUUGAUGAUGGACCACAGGUUCUCAAUGGGGUUCAGAUCAGGUGAACAAGGAGGCCAUGUCAUUAGAUUUUCUUCUUUAUACCCUUUCUUGCCAGCCACGCUGUGGAGUACUUGGACGCGUGUGAUGGAGCAUUGUCCUGCAUGAAAAUCAUGUUUUUCUUGAAGGAUGCAGACUUCUUCCUGUACCACUGCUUGAAGAAGGUGUCUUCCAGGAACUGGCAGUAGGACUGGGAGUUGAGCUUGACUCCAUCCUCAACCCGAAAAGGCCCCACAAGCUCAUCUUUGAUGAUACCAGCCCAAACCAGUACUCCACCUCCACCUUGCUGGCGUCUGAGUCGGACUGGAGCUCUCUGCCCUUUACCAAUCCAGCCACGGGCCCAUCCAUCUGGCCCAUCAAGACUCACUCUCAUUUCAUCAGUCCAUAAAACCUUAGAAAAAUCAGUCUUGAGAUAUUUCUUGGCCCAGUCUUGACGUUUCAGCUUGUGUGUCUUGUUCAGUGGUGGUCGUCUUUCAGCCUUUCUUACCUUGGCCAUGUCUCUGAGUAUUGCACACCUUGUGCUUUUGGGCACUCCAGUGAUGUUGCAGCUCUGAAAUAUGGCCAAACUGGUGGCAAGUGGCAUCGUGGCAGCUGCACGCUUGACUUUUCUCAGUUCAUGGGCAGUUAUUUUGCGCCUUGGUUUUUCCACACGCUUCUUGCGACCCUGUUGACUAUUUUGAAUGAAACGCUUGAUUGUUCGAUGAUCACGCUUCAGAAGCUUUGCAAUUUUAAGAGUGCUGCAUCCCUCUGCAAGAUAUCUCACUAUUUUUGACUUUUCUGAGCCUGUCAAGUCCUUCUUUUGACCCAUUUUGCCAAAGGAAAGGAAGUUGCCUAAUAAUAAUGCACACCUGAUAUAGGGUGUUGAUGUCAUUAGACCACACCCCUUCUCAUUACAGAGAUGCACAUCACCUAAUAUGCUUAAUUGGUAGUAGGCUUUCGAGCCUAUACAGCUUGGAGUAAGACAACAUGCAUAAAGAGGAUGAUGUGGUCAAAAUAAUCAUUUGCCUAAUAAUUCUGCACUCCCUGUAGCCACAAUUUCCAGACCAGUUAUCUAAUGCAUGUAUAAAGGUAACUUUUAUUUUUUUUAUUUAUAUAGCUCCAACUUAUUCUGCAGAGCUUUGCAAUAUUUUAAAGGUGUAAAUUUAACACUAAAUGAGUAAUUACAAUAUUACAGGAACAAUAGGUUGAGGACAAUGCUCAAUCGAUCUUAUAAUCUAGAGGUGGGGUAUAAAAUCACAAGAAGGGGUUAGCAAAUUGACAAAAUAAUGGCCUAACUAAAAGGUGAUAGUGAAGUGUGGCCCAUUAGAAGAACAGGUUUAUAAAAUAGAAGUUACUCUGGGAGGCCUUAAGCUUUUAUGAAGAGGUGGGUUUUGAGACUUAUUAUAUAAUUGAAGACUGGGGGUAGGCAAGCUGUUCCAGAGGUAAGGUCUUGUAAGGGUGCGAGUAGCGGACAGGUAGUUUCAUUUCUACACAAAUUUGUUGUUAUGCAAGAGGAGCAUAGAGCUUUAUAGCUAAAAGUUAGUAAUUUGAAUUGACUACUAUAAGGCACAGGAAGCCAAUGUAAGGCUUCACAAACUGGCGAGGUGAGAGGAGCAACAUAAGGAAAAUUUGCCUGACUAGAUGGGCCGACUGGUUCUUAUCUGCCGUCACAUUCUAUGUUUCUAAAUCAGCCUGGCAGCAGCAUUUAUUCCACACUGUAGCGAGGCAGCUUGGCUUCUGGGGAGACCAAAAGGGGAGAGUUACAGUAAUAAACUAGAGUAAUUACUAGAGCAUCUUGUGUGACAAAGGGGCAGAUGUGGGCAAUAUUUUUAAGGGGGAAUCGACAGACUAUGGUAACAGACUGGAUGUGAGUUGUAAAGGUGAUCUCCAAUUGGAGAUAUGGAGGGGGGGGGGGGAGAAGACAUCAGCUGGAGGAACAGGAAUUGUCUUGACCUCCACCAACUUUGGCAAAGUUGGGUUAGGUGAGGGGGCUCUCAAGAACAAAAGAGAGGUGAUGGUCAGAGAGGAAAUGGACUGUUACAAAGAUUAGAAACUGCAUGCAUCUGAACAAAAUAAAUCCAAGGGUAUUGCUACCUACAUGUGUUGGAGAUUGACCUUGCAUUUUUUUUUUUUUUUUUAAUUCUUUAUUUUUGUUGUGCGGGAGGUUAGACAUAUCAACAGGCGCCACAACAGCGCAUCUCAGGAUUCACAUAGAUUAGACAGUGGCGUGAUAAUUCGCACCUUUUUUAUAAUUUGCACGCUUAACUAAACAGUCAUUCCAACAGAGUGAGAUUUAGCUAAAAUAACUAGCAUAAAGAAAAAACAUCAUGCAUUUCUCGCUUUUUAGCGGGUCUCGUGCCGGGCGAUCGGCCGCUUCCCCCAGGCUUUAGGCCGCAUGGCCAGUUCGUGUGCUUAUGUAUCGUUGCGGUGCAUGAUAGGUACCGAAUUUUUUUUUUUUUUUUUCUCAUGUGGUUCUGUGUCGUUUUCAGGGCACCAUGGGUUGUUGGCUUGGUAGGAUUUACCAGGAUUCUCGAUUUUUGUGCCCUCCAGUGCAAGAGCUCUUAGAGAACACGACCGGCCAUCUUGGCUUUCAGGCCCCGCCUCCCGACCUUGCAUUCUUAACUGCUGUCUCGAUCUACCAAAUGCUCACAUUAUUCUUCUAGGUUUAGCAGUGUGGUCAUGUUCAACAAGCCCAUAGUAUUCAGAGUAGUAGCCAUCACUGGGCUACAUUGGGUCAUUCUGUGAAUUAAUGUGCUCAAUAGAACAAAGACCUUACAAAAGUGUUUUUUUUUUUGUUUUUGUUUUUUGUGUAGAAACUGUAUCCCACUGUUCUAUGUACAAAUAUAGAAAGUAUACUUCUUUGUUUGCAUUAAUUCUACAUUUUAAAGUGAUUUUUAAGCGGUCUGUAGUUCACAGUCCAGAAAUGAUAUUCUAACCUGAGAUUUACCGAUCCAUAAAUUGAGAGCACUGUGUUGGACAAAUGUGCAGUUUGUAGUUGUAGUGAUGCUAAAUAGGGUUGUAUUUAAUUGGAGUGUACAAAUUCCCUCUGUAAAAUGAAAUGUUCAUACUGGCCAGUGUGAAUUUAGUUUUUUUUUUUGUUAAUCCACUAGAGGGAGCUCUGGUACUGAAAGAGAAAGGCACUGACAAAAAAAAACCACUAAACGAACACUGCACAACUCUACUACGUAAUAUGAAACCGAAUAAAAGUUAACAUGGUUUUUAGACGCACUUAUAUAAACUCUUGCUUUGUGGAAUGUGCAUUCACUUACGGUAUUGUACUUUAGGGCAGACCUUCUCAAAUGGGGAAAAUCUUACUUUAAUAGUUGGGCAGCACAAACUGCUUCCAGGUGGAGGGUAUGUAGAAUUUUAGACUGCCACCAUGAUCCAUUUUAGUAUAUGAAUUUUACUUAUUUUGUGUACUUGGCUGGAUCUGUUGCAUUAUGGCAACCCCUGCCUGACUUCAUAAUUCACUAAUGUGUGUAUUUACCCUUUGUAAAGCACUACAGAAACUGCUGCACCUUUAUUUAAAAAAAAGUAAAUAUGCCACACAGAGCAUAUUGCAAAUUAAUCAGCCUAAGAGUGCCAAGACUUGUGAAUGUAAUACUUCGUAGACUCGUGCAAAAUAAAUUUUGGCCAAUUCGUCAGAGUGAAAUCUUUUAAUCCACACCUGUAUGGAUAAUUUGCCCAGGAUUUACCUGUGGCGUAUUAUUCAAGGAAUAUGACUCUACACAUAAAUGGGAACUCUUCGUUCUGGGUUGAUUAAAAGCAAUUUGACUUUGACGAGCUAGUUAAAAUGAAUAAUACACAAGUCUAAUAUGUAGUUUUAAUUGACCUAUUGGGCUCCCUGAAAGGUAGCUCUAGUUUGGUACAGUGCUUAGAUAACAUGUAAAUUAUAAAGGCCAGCUAUGUGUCAAGGAGAAAUUGACCUAUUUUGAGGGCUUCUGGCUUGGCUCUGUUUCUGUAGUACGGAGUAAAAGCGACCUAUGUUGUUACUAGAGCAAUGCAUUAACUUUGUGAUAAUGUCUAGUUACAGUCUUUUCUCUUUCAGUUUCAUUCACAGUUAUGUGCUUCAAUGUGCUGUGUGAUAAAUAUGCUACUCGGCAGCUCUAUGGCUACUGUCCCUCCUGGGCGUUAAGCUGGGAAUACAGGAAGAAAGGAAUAAUGGAUGAAAUAGUCAGCUGUGAUGCCGAUAUCAUCAGUCUUCAGGUAAAGGUGCCAAUCGAGGGAAUUUCUUUUAAUUUUUUCUUUAAUAUGGAAAACCUAUCUGAAAAACAAACACCAGUAGUUUUUAAAUCUAUAAUUCCUACUCAAACAAAGCAAUAGAAUGAGAAUUAAGUUGGUUUGCUGGACCAGUGCUAAGCCACGUGGAAUUCUGGAUCAAACUUAUUCUUAAAUCUGGCAUUGUAUGUUACAGAUGAGAUGUUUUUGUGCAAUCUAACCUUGACCUUCAUUCCAACUUCAAAAUCCAGCUUUCAAUCUGCAUCUUGCAACAUACCUUGCACAAAGUAACUUCAUCAGCUAUUGGUCUCAGAAACCUGCUUAAAAAUCUUGAAAUGAUCCUUGUGACAUUGAUUAUUUCUUGCCAAACUGACUGCUAACCUGUCCUUUUAAAAAUUUAUUUAUUUUUCUUGUGCCUUUAGGAAGUUGAAACCGAGCAAUACUAUGCCCUUUUCCUGCCAGAAUUAAAGGGACGUGGAUAUGAUGGUUUCUUUUCUCCAAAGUCACGUGCCAAAAUAAUGUCGGAACAAGAACGGAAGCACGUGGACGGUUGUGCAAUAUUCUUCAGGACAGAUAAGUUAGUGUUUGGUCAUACAGUCCCUUAUUUGCCCUGUGUGGAAUGCAACUUUAUUUUUUUAUUUUUUUUAAAGCUGAUAUGUAGACCAUGCUUCCCCAAACUCUGGCCCUCCAGAUGUUGCUUAACUAAAACUACCAUGAUUCUCAGCCUAUUUAUUUCAUUCAUAGAAUCAUGGGAGUUUUAGUUAAGAAACAUCUGGAGGGUCGGAGUUUGGGGAAGCCUGAUGUAGACCGUCCCUUAUGCCAUCUUAUAAACCACAGCCAGUAAGCAACACACAUUCAGAUUUGUUCUAAAAAGCAGAAAUGUUUCCAUAGAAAAACAGAUUUAUUCGUGCCACAGCUAAAUGGUUCUGAUGCAUAGAUCCUGGCACUUGUGUUAAUCAAUGUAGAACAUUGCAUUGUUUACAUUUUAUCUAAACCCUCCUAAUGGCUCUCAGCCAACAGGGGCACCUAAAUUUCUGGGGGCUUCUUUAUCAUUCUUACACAUCGCAUGAGUGUACAGAAUGUGUAGUGCCUUUAUUUUAUUUUUUUACUUUUCUAAAUAAGCAGUGUAUCUGAAUGUACCAAAGUCAUCAGACCAAUCCAAUAAAUAACUUCAUUGGAGCAGGAUCAUCUUUUUCCCAGUAAUUUUAAACUUAAAAAGAACACCUCGUUAAAAAUGUGAUAUACUUGUGUGUUUUUGUGGUUUUGGUUUUGUUUUUUCAUGGGGGUGUCUUUUUUAAGGAUCCAAAGAUUCAAUUUGUCCACAGGGCAUAUUGAAAGUUGAAAACCAUUGAAUUGCAAUAAGAUACAAGACCCUUAAGGCGCAUAAAUAUGGCUAUCAGGAACGGAUUGCAAGGGUAUAUUUAAAAAAAAAUUAAUAAAAUAUAUAAAUAACUUAAAGGGACUCUCCAGUGCCAAGAAAACAUUUGUUUUUCUGGCACUGCAGGACCCUACAGUGCCCCUCUCCCUCCCACCCCAUCCCAUGUUACUUACCAGAGUCCAGUGCCGCAGCGCUGGGUCAGGCUUCGCCUACUUUUCUCUCCCGGCGGUGGAGACCUAAUGUGCCUGUGUGGGAAUGGCUUUCCUGUGGGGAUUUCAGCGACGUUGGAGGUACUUGCAUAGCGUGAGGAUGUCCAGUGUCGUUUUAAAACACGUCUCGUGUUCUAAGAACAUGGAAGUCCCUCUAGUGGCUGUCUAAUAUUUGUGUCUAAUAGACAGCCACUAGAGGAGGAGUUAACCCUGCAAGGUAAUUAUUGCAGUUUGUAAAAACUGCAAUAAUUACACUUGCAAGGUUAAGGGUGGUGGGAGUUGGCACCCAGACCACUCCAAUGGGCGGAAGUGGUCUGGGUGCCUGGAGUGUCCCUUCAAAGGAACACAAUGACAUUAGGAAUACAAAUGUCCCAACACUAUAUUGCUGUUAAUGGUUUUGGACCCUGGCCCUCAACUGCAAAGAGUAAGUGUGUUUUUUUUUUAAAUAUUCAAAUUUAUGUUAUUUUAUUGCCCUUUUCUCCCGAAUAGCGCUGGUCUCCACUCUGCUGUCCUGCCCCUCUAGUUAAAACCAUUGGGAGACUAGUGUGCAUGCAGGCCAAAAUGGAGAUGAAGUGUUAUGGAGGUGCCUAUAGUGUCUCUUUAAAAUAAAAAAAAUGGAAAAAGUGAUAGUAUAUAUUCUAAAAAUAAAGGUUAUAUUAGGAUGGGGAAUUUUUUUUAGUUUUAUCUUUUACGUGUUGAGCCAGAUAAGUUGGGAUAUUUAUAUUUAUUUAUUUAAUUUUUUUUACCCUCCACUUUGCCAUGUUUUCAGUUAUUCGUUAAAGGGAAACUAUAGUGCCCCAUGGUGCAGAAGGGGUUAAAAAAACAAACCAAAAAAAAAAACUUCUUGUUUUACCUUGUUGCCUCGGCUCUGGGUCUGCCUUCACUUCCCCCGACAUCCACUGGCAGGGGAGACCUAAUGCACCAAGCUCACAUUAGGAAAGCAUUGAAUGCUUUUACAUCUAGCUGUUCUAAAGUGAUUGGGCUUGACAUCCUCAUGCAUAGCGUGAGUGUGACCGAAAGUCACAUAACAACCCUGAAGUCCCUCUAGCAGUCUGGUAGAGGUGGAGUUAAACCCUAAAGGUAAUUAUCAAUGAGCUGCUGUGGUCUGGGUGCCUAUAGUGUCCCUUUAGGCUCUUUUUGCCUAAAAAUUGUAGUUCACUUUGACUUUCUUAUAUUCCUGUCAAUGUUUCUGUGAUUGUAUUUAUUUUAAAUAUAAAAACACUUUGUGAUAUAAAAAUGAUGUAUAACUUUUCUAUCUGAAAAUUUUAUUUGUGUUGACUUGUGAACUACAUCUCUUCUAAUGGUUUGCCAGCAUUAUGGCUGUAAGAGUUCUAUAUUAAAUAUUUGUGAUUGAAUAGCUAUUUUGACACAUUUGUGUUGUAAUUCAAAUCUAUUACUCACUGUGCUCUCUUUCUAGAUUUACACUGGUGCAAAAGCACACAGUUGAAUUUAACCAGGUAGCCAUGGCGAAUUCUGAAGGUUCUGAAGCCAUGCUGAACAGGGUGAUGACAAAGGACAACAUAGGUGUCACAGUGUUGUUGGAAGUUCAUAAAGAAGCAUCUGGGGGAGGUGAGUAUAAGGCAGUGUUUACAUUUAAGUGCUUGUAUGGACAGGGAGUAGACACCAGAACAACAUUAACCCCUUAAGGACUGAGCCAAAUGUACACGUUGUGAUCAAAACAAAAACUUGAACUUGCGCUAUGUCUGUUCAUGCGUAAUUCGCCUCUUUCAUAUUAUGUGCACCCACACUUAUAUAUCAUUUUAUUCAGGUUAAACAGGGCUUUCAUUUAACAUCACAUAUUUAGGUAUGAAACAUAAUUUAAUAUGAAUAAAAUAUUAAAUGGGAGAAAAUUAGACUUUUUAAAUGUUUAGGUCUACGUGACUCUUUUUUUUUUUUUUUUUUGUAAAUAUAUUUUUAUUGGCAUAUUUCGUGUACAGAAAGAAAAAGGCAUAGCAUUGAGACUCGUAGGCCUCCGUUGUUGUCUUGCGGUGUGUUUACAGAGCAAAUGCCAGCACAUUGAGACUCGCAGGUCUCCAUUAAUUUAACCAUGAAUAUAGAACUGUGUAAAAUGACAAACGUGACAAACAUGUUGACUGGUCCAUUUCUGUGUCUUGCCCUUCCGCAUUUACACUCUUUCUUAUAUAUUUUUGUACAGUUGCAUGUUCUGUUGGGCUCGUAUGCCCGCGAUUACGUCAGUCCCACAAGUCCCUUGUGAAUGUUGCGUGUGUGUGUAUGUCUCCGUUACUCGUGCCUGUUUGUGAGAGUGUCGCGUGACAGCCCGGGUCCUAUGAUCCGCCUCUCUCACCCCCUCCCCUCUUCGGGAUGCCCUAUUUAGUUGAGGUGGUCUCCUCGUCUAUGUGACAGGGCCUCCCUUGUCUUUUUGUGUGUUUGUCGGGCCUUCUAGUGUCGUUUAGCCCCUGUUGCCGGAGGUAGACCUGCCCCUGUGUGGCUGUCUUCCCCUCUCCUCUCUGGGUUUGUAGCCUCCUGCAGCUAGCUAUGUGGUGGUAGUUAUGUCAUGUUAGUAAAUUCGGGGUCUGUUGUCUUCAGAAUCCAAUGUGUCCAAGUGUUAAGGUACACUUGGAAUGUAUCGUGAGCUUUGUGGUGGAGUUCCUCUAGUGAUCUCAAUUCUUCCAUUUGCGUAAACCAAACUCUCACAGGGGGGGUGACCUGUGUUUUCCAAUACUGUGGUAUGAUCAUUUUGGCCGUGUUCAGUAUGCGAAUAGUAAGUGACCUCUUAUAAGCUGUUCGAGGGGUUUUAGUGUGGUGUAAGAGCAUGACUGCUGGGUCAAAUGGGACUGGGUCGUCUGUAAACUUUGUCAGUAUUUUGUGAAUCUCAGACCAGAAUGGGGCUAUCUGUUUGCACGCCCACCAAAUGUGUAAGAGUGUGCCUCUGCCCUCUCCGCAUCUCCAGCACUGUGGGGGGGUGGGAUGGAAUUCGGGCAUGUAGUGACUCAGGAGUGUGGUACCAGUGUGUCAGUAGUUUAUAUGCCGUUUCCUGUGUCUUGCUGUAGCUAGAGCAGUGAUGCGUUAAAUAGCAGAUUUUCUCCCAUUCCACUUUGUCAAAGGUCUGGCCCAGUGCCGCCUCCCACUUCCCCAUGAACCGUGGUUGGGCAAUUGGUGUGAGUGUUAUUAGUAGGGUGUAUAGUGCCGAUACCCCAUGUGCUAGUGGGUUGGGUUCCAGGCAUAGAUUCUCGAAGGGAGUGGUGGCCCUAUGUAGUGCCGGUCCCUGCGGGAGGGAUGUAAUGUAACUCCGGAUCUGUUUGUAUUUGAGGCGUAUUAGGAAAGUGUGUUCUUCGUUCCCCCUCAGAUCCUUGAGUGUCUUUAUGCCGUCAGUGGUUUGUAUGUGUCUAAGUCUGGGUAGCGGGUCCUGUAUUAGGUCUUUAAAUGCGUUGGGGUCCAUCCCCGGCAUGAACUCAGGGUUGUGUGUCGGGGUAUUAAUGGUGACGGGUAUGAUGUUAGGCCAUGUCUCCCUUUGGAGCGGUGCCACUCCCUUAAGGUUGCCCUCGUGUAGGGGGACUGAGACCCUUCCCCCGUCUGGGCCCCGGGUGGCAGCCACGGUAGGACUUCUACCGGGACGCCCGCCUCGUGUUCCUCCACUUGCUUCCACUGUUUUUGUGUUCCCGUUUUGGUCCAUUCCAUGAUUCUCAUGAGAUGGCAUGCUCUAUAGUAUAGGUUGAAGUCUGGCAGUGCCAGUCCCCCCCUGUCUUUUGGAUGUGUGAGUAGUGUGUGGCGCAGCCUGGGCCGUUUCCCGUUCCAGACAUAUUUGAUGAGGGCUGAGCGUAAUGUGGUGAACGCUCUGGGGACCGUUAUGGGUAUGGUUUGGAACAAGUAGAGAAGGCGUGGUAGAAAGUUCAUCUUCACUACUUGUAUCCUGCCUAGCCAGGAGAUAUGUGGGUAUGCCCACUCCUGCAUCUCCAAGUGCAUCUUCUCAUGCAUUACUGUGAAGUUUUCCUUAUAUAGAUCCCCUUCCCAUUUUGUUAGCCAGAUGCCUAGGUAUUUAAUUUUAUGUGUUGCCCAUUGGAAGGAGUAGUGUUGGCGCAUGUGUUCUGCUCUGCGUUCUGGGAUGUUAAUGUUAAGUAUAAAUGAUUUGGAGAGGUUUAUUUUAAAAUUGGAGAGUCUGCCGAAUUCCUGGAAUGCCUUCAGUAUAUUGGGGAGAGAGAUUUCUGGGUUGGUUACGUAAAACAAGUCAUCAGCAUAUGCUGCUGUUUUGUGGUGUGUCGUUCCUGUUAGGGAUCGACCGAUAUUGAUUUUUCAGAGCCGAUACCGAUAUUCUGUGAACUUUCAGGCCGAUAGCCGAUAUAAUUUGCCGAUAUUCUGUACAUUUACCAUUUUGGAAAAUAAAAACUAUUUCUAAAGGUAAAUGCACAAAAUAGACAUGCCACGUGUAGUGGAUGCAGUGUGACAGGGGAGCUGUGUGUGUUUGUGUAGUGUGUGUGUGGAGGAUGCAAUGUGUGUUUGUGUAGUGGAUGCAGUGUGUAUUUGUUUAGUGUGUGUAGUGGAUGCAGUGUGUAUUAGUGUAGUGUGUAUAUAAUGAAAGCAGAGUGUUUGUGUAGUGUGUGGGUAGUGUGCGUAAAGUGAAUGCUGUAUAUACUAAAUGCAAAGUGUGUGUGUAUAUAAUGAAUGCAGAAUGUGUGUGUAUUUGUGUAGUGUGUGUAUAGUGAAUGUAGUGUGUUUAUAUAAUGCAGAGUGUGUUUGUAUAGUGUGUGUAUAUAAUGCAGUGUGUUUGUGUAGUGUGCAUUAUAUAAACACACUACACAAACACACAGCAUUAUAUACAAACACUGCAUUAUAUACACACACUACACAUACACACUUCACAAACACACACUGCACAAACACACUACAUACACACCGAAUUAUAUAAACACACUACACAACCACACUGCAUUAUAUACCCACACUACACAAACACACACUGCAUUAUAUACCCACACUACACAAACACACACUGCAUUAUAUACCCACACUACACAAACACACACUGCAUUAUAUACCCACACCCACACUGAACAAACACACACUGCAUUAUAUACACAGUGUGUUUGUGUAGUGUAUGUGUAUAUAAUGCAGUGUGUGAGGGGGCAUUUUUUAUUAAAUUAUUUAAAAAAAAUUAUAUUUACUUUAUUAUUUAUUUUUGUUGUCCCCCCUCCCUGCUUGUUACCUGGCCAGGGAGGGGGGAUAUGACAGUCCCUGGUGGUCCAGUGGCAUUGGCUGAGCUGGGGGGGGCGGAGACCAAGUGCUUACUCACCUCCCAGCAGCUCCUCCAGCUCCCCAGUGCAACUCUCGCGGCCAGCGUGUCGCGCGGAGCGUUGCCAUGGUGAUCCAUGGCAACGCUCUGACGGCCGCUGGUCUCGCGAGAGUUGCACUGGGGAGCUGGAGGAGCUGCUGGGAGGUGAGUAAGCGCUUGCUCUCCGCCCCCCCAGGACCGCCGGGCUUGUAAUGAGCCCGGCGGUCCCAGGAGGUAUUAUCGGCAAUAUCGGUAUCUGAAUUGGCCGAUACCGAUAUUGCCGAGAAUACCGAAUAUCGGCCGAUUAUAUCGGUAAAACCGAUAAUCGGUCGAUCCCUAGUUCCUGUCUGCAACCCCGUGAUGUCCGUGUUGUUCCUAAUGGCCACCAGCAGGGGCUCCAGAGCUAGGAUGAAGAGGAUCGGGGACAAGGGGCAACCCUGGCGCGUGCCGUUCCGUAUGUCGAACGGCUCUGUCAGGGCUCCAUUAACUACCACCUGCGCGGAAGGUUGCUGGUAUAGCGCCUCUAUCCAUCCCCUGACACCUGGGCCCAGCCCGAGGUGGGUCAGGGUCUGGAAGAGAUAUUUCCAUCCCACCCUGUCGAAGGCCUUCUCCGCAUCCGUGGAUAGCAGGAGAAGGCCUUCCCUGGCCCGCCUUUUCCCGUGUAUCAGUGUGAGGGUGCGUAUUGUGUUGUCACGUGCCUCCCUCCCCAUCACAAAUCCCACCUGGUCAGGGUGCACCAGGUUGGGCACAUGCAUCUGCAGUCUGGUCGCCAGGAUUUUGGCUAAUAGUUUUAAGUCGUUAUUUAUGAGCGAGAUGGGGCGGUAACUUCCGCAUCGCUCCCUAUCCCUGCCCUCCUUAGGGAGUACCGUGAUGUGCGCUGCCUGGGAUUGCCUAGGGAAGUGGUGUCCCUCUUUGAUAGCGUUGAAUGUCAGUGUGAGUGGGGUGUAUAGGAUGUCUGCGUACGCCUUGUAAUAACAGAGCGGCAGGCCGUCUGGGCCCGGGCUUCUGCCGGGUUUUGUUUGUUUCACGGCUGCUGCUAUUUCCUCCUGUGUUAUCUCCCAGUCUAGGGACUCAGCAGUGUCCCUGUCUAGGGUGGGCAUCGAGUGUGCGGUCAGAUAUUCUGCAAUGGAGUCUGUUAGGCGUAAGUCCGCCCGGUGGUCCUGUGGCCUUGGGAGAGCGUAUAGGUUUUCAUAGUACGCCCGUAUGACUUCCUGUAUCUUCCGGGGUAGUCUGUGUAGUGUAUUUGUGUCGUCCCUAAUCCUGUCAAUGUAUGUCUGUUGCCGACGUUUGGUCAGCAUGCGUGCCAGCAGCCUGCCACUCUUAUUGCCAUGUAAGGCAAAAAACGCCUUGUGUCGCAACGCGUCUCGGUGGUACCUGGACUGGAGUAUUUUAGUGAGUUCCCUUCGCAAUGUGAGCAGUUGUCCUUGCAGUUCAGGUGUCUGUUUAUUUUUGUUAAGUGUGUCUAGCUCCCGUAUUUUCGUCAGUGUGUUGUUCAUGGCCGCUUCCCUCUGUUUUUUCAUGGUAGCGCUCUUUUGGAGGAAAUGACCUCUGAUCACGCUCUUAUGUGCCUCCCACAUGAUGGUUGGGGAGGUGUGGUCUGGUGUGUUUAUGGCGAAGUAUUCUCGGAGAAUUGCUCCGAUGUCAUUUUUAACCUCCGGUACUGAGAGGAGGUAUUCGUUUAGGCGCCACUUGGCCACUUUAGGUCUGUAGAGUGGGGACAUUAGCUUGAGGGUUACGGGGGCGUGGUCUGACCAUGUUGCUGUGCCAUGUUCCACCUGUGUGACUAGUGGUAGGUGAUGAUGUGUGAGUAGGAAGUAAUCUAUUCUGGUAUAUGUGUUGUGUGGAUGUGAGAAGUACGUAUAAUCCCUCUCAUCCGGGUGGUGUGCUCUCCAGCUAUCUACCAAUUUGUAUUUGGAUAUGAGAGUUUUGAGUGCGGUCAAGUGUUGUGUUGGGAUAUGUGAUCUACCUGUGGAUGAGUCUCAUUUCGGGUCCAAUGCUAAGUUAAGGUCCCCUCCGAACUCCUGUACCCUGCGAAGGAUUCCUGACAGGAAUCUAUAGUGUCGUUGGUUGGGAGCAUAUAUAUUGGCAAAUGUAUACAUUUGUCCCGCUAUCGUGCCUUUGACAAGGACGUAUCUGCCUUCCCGGUCUGUCUGUAGUCCCUGCUCCUGAAAGGGUGUUCCCCUAUGAAUUAGGAUCGCCGUUCCCCGUGUCUUCACUCCCCCUGGUAAUCACUAUAAUAUCCUAUGGGAUAGUGAUGGUUUUGUAACUUCGGCCUUGCCCCUUCCCUAAAGUGUGUCUCUUGGAUAUAUACAAUGGAGGCCCCUGUAGCGUGAAAUUCUUUGAGGGCUGACGACCGCUUUUCGGGUUUGUUUAGACCCCUUGCGUUUAUGGUGACUAUAGUGAGGUUAGCUGGUAUUAGCGUCAUAUUUUGAGGGGUGUCUGCAGGUCCCAGACCCGGGCUGUCCCGCGAUUGGGGCUGUGGUCUAGUGUGAGUGUGUAUACGGAUGUGUCCGUGUGUAUCCUCCGCGCGUGCAGCGUUAAGGUAUCCGCGUCUGGGCAGCCGGGUAGGCCGCUCUUAACUUUGGCGCUCAACCCUUAUGGGGGUGGAGGGAAUACCCAGGCCCUUGGUCUGGUCUAUUCGUGUGUGAGUGACUUACGUCUGACGUCUCGCCCUGCGUGGCUCCGCUUGUGAAUGUGCAUUUAAUGUGCAACUUCGCCUAGAACAUGUGUGGCAUCUUUACUGCUGUGGAAACUUGGUUGGUGCAACCGUGUUUUCAACUGUAAAUCAACUUCCCGGUGAAAGAGAAAAACACCCACCCCCCCCAAACCUAUAUACAUGUGCAAGCGAACCCAGUUGGUUAUCCCAUGCCUCAUGGCAUGGUUCCCUUACUGCCAUCCCCCUUGGUGCUGAGUGGGAAGCAGCCGUCCGGCCAUCCCCCUUGAGUGCAUGGAGCCCUACGUGGCUUCCCUCCCAGGACCUGCUCAUUUUGCCUCCCUACCCGGGGUGUCAUCCCGGUGUUUGUGUGUGUGUGUGUGUGUGUGUGUGUGUGGUUGUCUUGUCCCCCUGUUACCCAGUCCCUUCCUGCGCCUGUGUUCUCUGUCUCCUCCUCCUCCUCCUCCUGGAUGUCUGGGCGAGACGGAUCGCCGUGCCCCCACCUGCUCCAAGUGUGGUCAUCACAGGUUUAUCAAGGGGAGCACGGAGGUCCGUGUCGACCGUCCUCCAUCCAUCCACAAGUACCCCUCCCCCGCAGUUACUCUGAACCUUCCUGAUGCCUCCCCCCCCUCCCCCCCCGAUCAACAUUUUGCAUGUCCUGCUAGGUGAGCUUUGGUAUGGUUAGUCCCUCGGGCCGGGUAAACCCCCGGGUAAUAUACUUGCGUGUGCUCCGUGGGCUUAUGCUAAUGUUAGUCCUUUCUUUCCUGGAACGGGCUCCCCGAAAUGUUCUUUAGUGGGACUCUUGGGGGCUUGGCUGGGGGUGCAACAUUUCCUGCCCUCUGGUCAGAGUCCUCUCGGGCCUGUCGCCUGUUUGCGGGUGGUCUGCGGGAGCUGGGUGUCCGCCGUGCAAGUCUCCGGUCCAGGGGCCGGAGUGUAUAGAGCCAGAGGAUCUGGCCACUGCAGUGGAGCCGGUGUGAUGUGCAGCUCCCUCCCGAGGGCGGUCAUGUCGGCCUCUGUCUUCACUAGAAAGGAGCGUUUGUGUGUGUGUACCAGCAGCCCUGUCGGGAAGCACCAACGGUAUUUGACUCUGUUCGUCUGUAGCUGUCUGGUGAACGGGCGCAGUGCCCUACGGUACGCCAGGGUGGCGGGGGAGAGGUCCGGGUACAGUUGGAUCUCUGCCGAACCCAGGUACACCCUACCCUCCUCUCUGGCCUUCCUCAGGAUGUCUUCCUUCUGCUGGAAAUUUGCCAAGCAGCAUAUGGCAUCUCUUGGUUGGCUUCCCGGGGGGCCUUUCGGUCUGAGGGCCCGGUGUGCUCUCACCAUCUCCAGGGGUUCCCGUGGUGUGCGGCCCAGCAGCUGAUUGAAGACUGUUUGUAAGGUAGCUUGGAUUGGGGCGUCGUCGUCUACUUCCUCUGGGAUCCCCCGGUCCCUGAUGUUCUGCCUCCUCCCCCUGUUAUCGAGGUCCUCUAGGUGUUGUGCCAUUUGUUGCAUCUGCUGGGUGGCCCGCAUCAGGAUCCCGGUGUUGGCGGACUGAGCCGCUUGCACGUGGUCAUGAUUUGCCUCCAGUUGGGAGAUCCUCUGGCUUAGGCCGCAGCAUUCUUCCCGCAUGGCUUGGCGUUCCUCCGUGAUGGAGGCGCGGAGGCUGUUGUUUGCCUCCAGCAGGUCAGUUUUAGUGGGCAGAUUUCGGAGCAUGUGCAUUAGAUCCGGGUGGGAGUCGGUGGGGUACAGUAUAGGCGUCUCGGCCAGGGACUCUUCCCCACACAGUGAAGGCGACGCUCCCCCUCCCGAGGCCAUCGGCUCUUCUAAGGCCUGUGUCUCCCUGUCCGCCGGUGUCGCUAGGAAGCGCCUCAUGGAUGGAGUUGCGCUCCCCCUCGGGGUGUUUGUUGGCUUUGGGGCUUGUGAUGCCCGUUGUGAUUUGCCCAUUUUCGGGGCAAUUAGGUGCGCUAGGCGGUGGGGUGCUUGGAGCCUUACAGGGAGCUCAGACUUCAUGCCGCCAUCUUCCUCGGCUUCCAAGCCACGCCCCCCUACGUGACAUUUUUAACUGUCAUACUGUUUACUUUUACUCAAAUAAAAUACACAUUUGUAUUCAGCAAUGUCUCACGUCUAAAACGGUAACCCCUAUGUACAGGUUUUAUGAAGUUACAGGGUCAAAUUUAGCAUGUUACAUUUUUCAGUUUUUUUCACACUGAAAUUCGCCUGUUUGGUUACGUUGCCUUUGAGACCGUAUGGUAGCCCAGGAAUGAGAAUUACCCCCAUGAUACCAUACCAUACCCAAGGUAUUGCAAAUGGGGUAUGUCCAGACCUUUUUUUAGUAGCCACUUAGUCACAAACACGGGCCAAAAUUUAGUGUUAAUAUUUGUUUGUGUGAAAAAUGCAAAAACCGUUAAAGUUGAAUGCCAAUUUUGGCCAGUGUUUGUGACUAAGUGGCUACUAAAAAAUACUGGACAUACCCCAUUUGCAAUACCUUGGGUUGUCUACUAUUGCAAAUGGUAUGCCAUCAUAGGGGUAAUUUUCAUUCCUGGGCUACCAUACGGUCUCAAAGGCAACAUAACCAACCUGGUGAAUUUCAAUUUGAAAAAACUGAAACGCAAGCCUUAUAUUUGACUAUUUGAAAACACCAUAAAACAUGUACAUGAGGGGUAGUGUUAUACUCUGGAGACUUCGCUGAACACAAAUUAGGGUUUUCAAAACCAUAAAACAUAUCAGAAUAAUUAUAUAGUCAGUGUAAGUGCCAUUUGUGUGCGAAAAAUGCAAAUAAAGUCACUUUCACUGACUAUAUCAUAGUUGUAAUAAAUUUUACUGUUUUGAAACACUAUUUGUGUUCAGUGAAGUCUUCCAAGUAAAACCAUAACCCCCAUGUACAGGUUUUAUUGUGUCUUGGAAAGUUACAGGGUUAAAUAUAGUGCCAGCAAAUGAAAUUCCCUGGGUUGUCAGGCAGGUCCCGCAAAUUGUAAUUAAUAAAUGACCUAACUAUGUAAAAUUAUUACAUAAAUAUAUACGUAGAAUUUUUUUUAUUACAUUUUUAUUUAUAUAGUGAUAUAUACGUGUGUAUAUAUAUUUCGUUCUACAUGUAUUUUGAUAUCAAUAUACAGUAUAUACUAGAGUAUAAGUCUAGUUUUUCAGCACAUUUUUUGUGCUUAAAAACCCCCACUCGACUUAUACUCGAGUCACUGUCUGUAUUAUGGCAACUUAGAGAGCCGCGGCCAUCAGAGCCAUGGCAACGAUCCGCGCGGCAACAAGACCGCGAGACUUACAGUGUAGCUGACCGGAACGGAGGAGAAGGGAGCUGACAGGAGCUGCAGGAAAGGUAAGUAAAUGCCUCCUGCCAUCCCCCCCACUUCACAGCCCAUGCCACUGGGCCACCAGGGAUUAAGAUAGCCCACCUCCCUGACCAGUUAACAAGCAGGGAGGGGGGUACAAUUUUUUUUUUUUUUUAAAUAAUAAAAAAAAAUAAUAUAAAAAAAUAAAAUAAAAAAAAAUUAAAUAAUAAAAAUGCCCUCCCCCCACCCAGUUCACACACACUACACAAACACACACUCUGCAUUAUAUACACAGAGUGUGUUUGUAUGAGUGUGUGUUUGUAUGAGUGUGUGUUUGUAUGAGUGUGUUUGUAUGAGUGUGUGUUUGUAUGAGUGUGUGUUUGUAUGAGUGUGUGUAUAUAAUGCAGAGUGUGUGUUUGUAUGAGUGUGUGUGUUUGUAUGAGUGUGUGUUUGUAUGAGUGUGUGUAUAUAAUGCAGAGUGUGUGUUUGUAUGAGUGUGUGUGUGUGUGUGUGUGUGUGUGUAUAUAAUUAUAAAAAUAACAGAAUUUCAUAGCCCCAAGUUUUACCCUCGACUUAUCCACGAGGCAUAGCAUAUUUCACAAUUGUUGGUCACAAAACUGCACUCGACUUAUACAUGAGAUCGACUUAUACACGAGUAUAUACGGUAGUUAGAAUGAUAUUGAUUAAAUGUAAAUUCAUUCUAUGUGUAUUUUGAUAUUAAUAUAUUAUUAAAAUACACUUAGACUGUGUGUGUAUAUAUUUAUUAAACGUUAACAUUUAUUUUACUAUUUACAGGCAGCAGGGGGAGUACCUGUCAUUACAGGCACUCCCCAUGCUGGCAUUGCUAUGGACGGCUAUACCGUCCAUGUGAUCGCGAGGUCCUCGCAAUCACAUGGCCCAGGGGGGCCGGAAAGGGACUGCCAGGUGAGCCCAGCACCGCAGUCGCCGGCGACCGGAUAAGUACAUAGGACGGCUUGGGCAUUCUAUGACGCCUGCCGGCGUUAGGAGCCUGGUUCCCCAGGACUGCAUAGAACGCCUACCGUCCUUAAAGGGUUAAGCCGUAGUUGUUCUGGUGACUAUAGUGUCCCUUUAAGUGUUGACCAGUCUACCAAAUCUAGCACAAGGUAGAUUUCAAAACUUCUACACCACUGUUGUGUAAAUUAAAAAAAAAAAAAACAUGCUAUUCAGUUACGAUCACAAUUGCUUUUUCUCAGUAAAUGACAUGCAUAAAAUUCCUAAGUAAAAAGUUGCAUUGGCUCUACUGGACAGUCAUACACUUGUGAGAAUUUACUAGUAAAUUUCAUAAGCAGUGACAUUCCUAGCUUUGAACAGUAUUGGCUGCACCUAGAUUCCUAGCCUGGAAUUUUUUAUUUUUUUUGUUCUUCUAGUGUGUGUGUGUCUAUAUGAUCCAUCCCUUUAUGUGGUAUUACUGUUUGUACUUUAGGAAUGAAACCACAUCAUGCAGGUGAAAAGCAGCUUCUGAUGGUAGCAAAUGCCCAUAUGCACUGGGACCCAGAGUACUCUGACGUUAAGCUUAUCCAGACCAUGAUGUUUGUCUCUGAAUUGAAAAGCAUUAUUGAAAAGGCAGCAAUUAGGCCUGGAAGUCCAACUCCUGACCCAAGCUCUAUACCCUUUGUGUUGUGUGCUGAUCUCAACUCAUUGCCAGAUUCAGGUAAAUAGAGGAGUUUUAGGUUACAAAAACCUUUUCCCAAUAUCACACCUGUGAUUUAUCUUGCUGCUAUGCCAUAUUGAAUUAUUUUUGUGCAUUUUUCCAAAUAUGUAACCCUCAUAAAUGUCACGAUUUUAUUUUAUUUGCAAAUGGUCUCCUGCAAGGGGUAACAGGUUACUGAUGCUUGAACAAAUUUUCUCUCAAACUCUAAUCGGAAGCCGCACUUCCUCUUCUGCAUUAGGUGUGGUGGAAUAUCUGACUAAUGGGGUUGUAGCAGAUAAUCACAAAGACUUUAAGGAGCUGCGCUACAAUGAGUGUCUCACAAACUUCAGCUGCAAUGGGAAGAAUGGGACCCCGGAUGGAAGAAUUACACACGGCUUCCAGCUGAGGAGCGCCUAUGAAAACAACUUAAUGCCUUACACCAAUUACACCUUUGAUUUCAAAGUAAGAUGUAAACAAGUGACUUUUGCCCAAUUUGGACAGAAAUAGCCGGAUUAAAUCUCCACAUCGGUUCUGGUGACAAAUUGGCUAUUUUUAUCUAAAUUGUCCAACAUAAUUUCUAGUUCACUAAGAUACUGACUAGUGAAUAAACUCCCCUUUCGCAUGUAUAUCUUCCUGUGGGAUUGCCAUAAGACCAAUUUUUUUUUUUUUUUCAUAACACAUUUUCUGAUGUAAAUCUCAGAAGUGACUCCUUAAUGUAGAAACCUAGAAUCUGAAUUAUGGCUUAAGUUUUCUAGAAAUGCUACAAAUCCAAGAUCAAAGUCCAUAGGAGGAUAGGAAUAACCUUAUAACGUUUUUUAAGAAUCUAUAUACUGAUAGAUGUAUAUGUGUGUAUGUAUGAGAAAAUCAAUCUUUAUUUUUUUGUGUUUUAUUAUUUUUAUUACACAUGACCAUCUGGGUCAUUCGUUUUUAAAUAGUCUGGAUUUUAUGGAAAUUUUUUAAACUUGAUUUAGAUAUGAAUAAUGUUGCAACUUUUAAAAGCUUUUCUCUUUACUUUCCCUCACUUAUUUUUUUUAUUUUUGUUUCUUCAGGGUGUUAUUGACUACAUCUUCUAUUCCAAGACACACAUGGACGUGCUUGGUGUCCUUGGGCCUUUAGAUCCUCAGUGGAUGGCGGAGAACAACAUAGCCGGCUGCCCCCAUCCCCAUAUCCCUUCUGACCACUUCUCACUGUUAACGCAGCUGGAACUCCACCCUCCACUUCUGCCUCUUAUCAAUGGGGUUCACUUGCCAAGCAGGAGGUAGUGUCGGCUUAUGGCUGGGCACUUGUUCUCAUGGACCUGUACAGCUGUAAAAGCAAGUCUGUAGGAGUGAAGUAUGCCAACGUUAAGCUGCUUUUUCACGGCUCCCCUUAUGUCAGUGCCGUGAUUCUGCGUCUUGAUGCAGGGAGGCAUUUUGUGGCAUUAGAGCUGGUACAAAAGGGGUUCUCCCAACUUUUUUUUUUUCUCUCUUCUCUUUUUAAGGAUGCUUACUUUUUAUUUUCAUCAUGCCUGCAUUUUUGUUCCUUCACAUGUAUGAGAUUUCUAUUUGUACAUUUAUAAGACCAGAUAGAAAAGUAAUCCCAGAACUACCUUUUUGUAUGUGUGCGCACAUUACAUUAAUUUGUCUCCAUAUUAAUUUAUGGACCUCUGCCCAGUUCUUAACUGCCCCUUAAUGUCUCAAAACUGUCACCUAAAUUUAGAAACUAUAAAAAAAUUGAGUUUUUUUGUUUUUUGUUUUUUUUAAUUGAUUUUACCCUGCUAUUUAAAGAAUAAAUUAACUUUGGUCCAGAGGUUUUGCACAAUUAGGCAUGUUUAUGGCAAUUUUUGCAUAUUACCUCUGCCACCUUUUUAAUUACUGAACUCCUGAAUGUAUGGGGGGAAAGGGGUUUGUGUUGGAUAAAUACACCUUUAGUCUUUACGUACUGUUGGAUGACCACUAGUCUUUUACCUUGUGUGACCAUUUUCAUUUACCAUGACUAUCAGAUUACAAAAGGAUCCCAAAGCAUUUUGUAUGUUGGUAGCUUAUUUUACUUGAUCCUGGAAGGUGUGAAAACAGAUUUAUACAUCCUUAGAUUUGUUGACUGCUACUUGUCUUUCAUCCCGCCUUUUCAAGUUGAAUGUCAGUCUUGUAAGUGGGCAAUAAUCAGAUUCCUGUUGCUAGACAAUUUUCCUUAAAUAGGUAUUUUUUUUUUUUUUUUUAUAUAUAUAUAUAAUAAAAGGAGUACAGCUAGUUUUGGUGAAAGUGGUAUUUGGUCCGAAGACUUUCACUGCAUAACUCUUAAACAUCCGGUAGAACGUUCUGGCAGGGAUGAAUAAGUGGCAAAAACUUACAACCAAAGAAUCUAUAUCUUCUGAUCUGCAUGCAAUGGGUUAGUUCCACAACAAUUUAUUUAUUUAUUUUUUCUCCUGAGAAGACCUUUUUGUUGGAUCUCUUCAGAACCAGAUGGCUAGUGUUUAAAUUAUCACCCACAUGACAUAUGUUUACAUGUUUUGUGUACUAUGACCAUUUUUUUUUUCAUUUUCAUGGGCAACGUAAAACCUAUUUGACUGGAUCGUUGAGCAUCUUCUUUAGAAAUUGUAUGGCAAUGGUCUUAAUGUGUGGAUUUUUAAAACUCCUCCAUAGCUAGAGGUUAAAAUAGAUCCAUUUUCUACUGUUUAACAAUCUAGUGGAUUUUUGGGGAAGGCGGAGGUGUUUUCAUAUAUUUUGGGUUAGCAUACAGAGAAGUGGUGAUGUUCAUGUAGAACUUUAUACUUGCCCAAUGGGUAUUGUUGCACUGACUCACAAGGUUAUGAAGGGGUUUGAUAGCUUUGCAGGGAUAUCCUUUUCACAAUUGGUAGGGCAGUAUUGCACAGAUUUGAGGGGCCACUUAGCUGCAACUCGUUGUUUGUUUUGUUUUUGCUGCUACUUUUUAUGAAAUCGGAUUUUUAGAUAUAACAUUUCUCUAUGCACUUUAUUGCUUCAUGCCUCACCAUAUGAUCACCUUCAGUGAGUUUUUAGAAAAAUAGGCCCUUAUACCUACCACUGCCAUAUUUCAGAUGUAGUUUAAAGCUGGUAAGAACCUUUUUAUCUGCAUGUUGGAGCCAACUAGAUCGUAAGCAAAUGUAAUGUUGCUGUUUUUCCUUAGGGCACGACCUUGUUUGCUUCUAGCUUACGAAAAUAUCCAAAUAUGGUUGGUUUUGGCUGUAGCAGUUGGUUUUUGUGCAGAUUAAACCCUGUAUAAAGACUACUAAAUAUUGGGCAUCUGAGUAUACGAUGUCUCUUAAAUUCCUUAAGUGCCUCGGUGGAAGUUGAUGUUGAAUGCAGGGAAUUUAUGUAUUUGAACUAAUCUGUGUUCUACUAUUCUGUUUAACAUUUACCAAAACCUCUCAGUAGGUUACAAUCAUCUUGUUUAUUUCAGAGCUUGUUUUGAUUUUGCUACCCCCAUCUCUAGUUUGGUGUUCAAGGACAAGGUUAUGUGUUAAAAAUAACUAACCCGGGAUGCUACAGUACAAAAAUUUAUAAUGAACCCCUUAAUUUGUUGAGGUUAACCACAUCUCAGGUAUUGUGUAUAAUCCAUAGUUUUUUAUUUUUCCCCUUUGUCCUCCCUCCACACACAAACAGAAUAACCAAAUCAACUUGAGAACACAAAGAUGGCUGAAACUCUUAUCCUAGGUUUUCGAGAGACCCCUAAAUUUUACAGUAGUGAAGAUUUUUCUUCUCACUGAAUUACAAGCAGUGUGUACGUAAAUAGCCAGGUCCAUUAAAGGGAGCACCAAAUAAUUUUUUCCAGCAGAUAAUGGUUGAAAAGCCAAGUGAUUCAUCCAAUCAAAUCCUAUUAUAGGGCAAAAUAAAUAGGUGUGUAUUUUCCCUUCUUUAAAAGUCCAUUUAAAACAAAAACCAAACCGUUGAAAGUGUGUAGAUUUAUAGUGGGGGACAACAUGUGUUUUGUGGGAAGUUUUAUUUUAAUUUUUUUAUUCCCCCUCUUUUGUAGAGGUGGGUUUUUUUUUUUUGGUUUUUUUUUACUCUUCUCCCCCACUUUACCUUAAAUGUUAGCAUAUCUGCCUCAGGACCAAUAUUGCUGCUGAGAUGUCAAGCAAAUGACAUAAAAUUGCAAAUUCCUUUGGCCAUUAAAUUGGCUACAGGCAUCAGUCUGAAAUGUUCUUGUAAUAUCUUAUGAAAAAGACUUUGUAUCCCAUAAUAAAUUAAGUAAUUGGGCAAUUUAAAGGAACAGUCUAUGCACCUUAACUAAAUAACAAUGCAGUGGUUAUGAUGCUAUUAAGACAUAGAUGCCAGCACCUGGUUCUUUGCCAAACCAUUUUUGAUUGGAUUGGCCAAAGCUGGAGUUUCCCCAGCCUCUGGCCCUCUGGAAAUUUCACAUUGAAAUGUAUUUGCAAUGUUGAAUUCUUGAUUCCAAUUUCAACACUAUCAGUUGGCUGAGCUGUCAGCCGACCCACUCAGCCAAUAAAUGACUUUAAAAUAUGAAUGAAAUUGUUACCAAGAAAAAGACCUGCAGCUUGAUAACCCCAUAAACACUUGGCAUACAGUAGUUAUGGUGCAUAUACUUCUCCUUUUAAUUUUGAAGGGCAUUAAGAUAAAUUCUGAAGGAAACCUAUAAGGCACUUUUUGUGUGUGAGAGACUGGGCAUCCUGCAAAAUAUAGUGAAAAUUAAUUUCCUACUCUAUUUGGAUCUGUAAUUCGUAUUUUUUAAUGUAAUAAACUUUAUAGUAGACUUUUUUAUUUUGUUUGGAAAUUUUUUCAAAGUUAUUUUUUAUUUUUAUUGCAAAGAAUUUCUUUGCGCUCUAAAAUAAAAUUGUAAAACUAAAAAUAAAGUUGUUUUUAAAGCUUUGAUCCCCUUCACCACCAGAGGCAAGCAAUUGUGUUCUAUGAGACUUUUACAGUUGGGGGGAACAAAAUAAUCUAUUGCUUGCUAAGAAUGGUUUAUUUUGCACUCGUUGACCUAAUGUGUUUUUGGACUUUUUUUUUUUUUUUUGUUCUUUCAUCCAUACUUUGUAAUAACCAUUAAAGUACCUAAAAAGCAGAAGUACUAAUUGUAAUUUUGGACAAAUUAAAUUUUUGUAAGUACACAAGUUAAUUUAUGAUGACAAAUCCAUUUUAUUUUUUCCUUCUAGGAGUGUUGGCCCAAUUUCCUUCUGAAUUAGAAACUUUUACAAAAUUAAAUUACAAGGGAAGAGGCAUAUUUUGUAUAGAAUUGCUUGAAUUUGUUUAAAUGUUUGCAUUAAUACUUCUGCUUUUUAUAUAGCAGAAUUCUGUUUAGGGUGCAUUAACAUUUCUGUAGCAUAAAUGUUAAACAAUUUCCUAAAUUGGUUCUGACCCCAUUCGUGUAACAACUGUGCUGUGCACUUUCAUAUUUGCUUAUAACUAAGAUGACUUUCCAUUAGUUUCAACCGCGAUGUCUAUCCUUUCCCAAAAUGCUUCACUUUUUUUUUUUUUAUUUUUUUUUUUCUUCACUGAAUUACAUUGGAUCACCAUUUCAAAUUUCUAUAGUUCUGAAGAAAAAGUACAUCUCAUCAGCAGUCUUCAGUUUUUAAUACUUAUGCUUUUGGAUGGAUGUAUUUUUCCUGUUCCUACAGAUUUUAUUUUUAAUCAUGUUUGACACUGGUGGAUUUUCCAUAGUUUUUGUUUUCCUCUCUGGCCAGAACAAGAAUUCUUCUAUUUUUGUGUCUGCUAGUUUACUGGACAGUUGGGGGAAGCAUUUUUGGGAGACUUUUUUUUGUACCAUGUUGCUAUUGCCUCUCAAAAUAUUUUGGGUAAAUAUCCUUUUUUUUUUUUUUAAGCAAUAUGUUUCCUUGCUCCAGCGUAGAAUGCAAUAGAACAUCAAGCAGCAGACAAACCAAUAUGAUCCAUAUGGGUGGUGGGGAGACCUUUUUUUUCAUACUGAUACAUAUGUAUAUUUUAGCUUCAUGUUUUCAAGGUGAAAUGUAAUAAAAACUGAACUGAAACUAUGCCAUGCGCAUCCUACAAUAUAUUUUGUCAGAAGUACAAUAGGUUGGAAAAUGUAACUAGCUGUUAGAUAUUGGGUAUCCUGCAGCUCCCUCAGGGCCUGCCUCAUUACUGGAACUUGGUUUUGAAUAAGAUUCUAGGGGUGCAAGACCUUGGCUGUCCAGCUGUUGAACCAUAUUUUCCAUGCUCCUCUGCUAGCUUUUUUUUGGGCAAGGAAUUAUGGAACUUAGAGCAAAAGUUUGAUAGCUAAAGUGGCACACCCCAGGAAUGUUGUUCACCCAGAUGUGGUGUUUCACAAUUAUCUGGUGUUAUGUUUUUAACCAGCAGCACUGCCUAAGAAAGCAGAUUUAAAAAAAUAAAUAAAUAAAAAUGAGAAAAAAAAGAUGAAAAUCCUAACCCUGUUUAAGGGUGACGGCUUUUUUUUUUUUUUUUUUUUAAACUAAAGUGAUUUUAUGUAAUAAAGAAAAAAUGUAUGAGAUAGCUAUUUUCUAUUUUCUGUGUGUAUUAAAUUGGUGAAAAGAUUGUCGAUUCUGUAAUACAAUAUCUGAGCUGGCACAGCAUUGUCUUGAAAUCACAUCUUUUGAUAUACUUUUGACAUACCUUCAUCUCCAGUAGUUGUACAUCUUUUGUUCGUAGACCAACCCUGAAAGCUUAUAUAAUAUCCCAUUUUAUUUUUUUCUAAAAAUUGAGCCUUUUUUCUGUUUAAAAAAACCCUUCAGUUUUCAUCAGCCACGUGAUUGUAUGUUGCUGUGAUCAUUGUAUAUCCCACACAUUCGUUCUAGAAUCCAGAGUUUAACUCCCACCCCAAGACCCUACAUUGCCUUGUUCUCUACCAGACCUAAGAUAGAUAUAUAUUAUUUUUUCCAGUGUCCUCUUCAUUGCCAGUUAUUACUUUAGGUAUUCCUUUCUUAAUAAUGUUGGUUAAAUCUGUCUGUUCUAUUAAUAUGUAGGAAUGCAUUACCUCUGACUUACUAAAAUGUAUGUACACCUUUUGUAUUCCCUUCAGUUGAAAUGGCACACAUUAGUGAAUGUGGAAUAGUUUAGUUUUUCUGUGUAGCACAUUUCUAAUGAACAUUGGCACAAUUUGGCCAGUAAUACACUAUAAUAGCUGCAACUGCCUCACAUCCGAUGUGCAGGAUCGUCAAAAUAUACAUAUAACUUACACCCUCAUCUACAGAUUGGUCAAAAAUGUCAUGCCCCAAAUUACUGGCAUAGCGUAGCCAUCAUAGAAAUAUCCAUAUAAGAACACCUAUAUAAUUUGAAUAUAUAUAUUUAUUUUUGGUCCCCUCUUGCUACAUGUGCAUACAGAACAUUCAAGAAUGUGGGGUUUGCUUCCCCCGCACAAAUCUAUUUCUUGUAAUGCGGUUUCCAAUAAGUUAUAUUUUCCUAAAACCUUUUUUCUUUUCUUAAUUAAACUUGGUCAACAUUCACAUGACUGUAGUUACGGUUUUUAGAUGUGACUUAUUAAGCACACCAGCCACAUUUAUAAGCUGCUAAACCAUUCCAUCCACUUUAAAUCUGUGUUGAGGUCUGGGCUAUACCAUGCUUUUGGUUUAAUUUAGCUUCUUCCAUCCCAUGCACAUUGUCUGCAACAUGCUCUUGAUCAGAAUAUGUUUCACACUACUGUAGCGUCAAACCUACUACAAUGGCAGCUGAGAAUGGUCUACUCUUUGAAUGCCUUUUAAAAAUGUUAUACUCUGAAAGCAUUGAGUUAAAACAACAUUUAGACUGCAACAUGAAGUUGUGUAUUUCACUUUGCCAAAAUGGUGUGUAUUGAUUAGGCUAAACUUAAAAACAACAAAAAAUGGUCACUAAACAGUCUGGAUGAAGAUAGCCUCUUGGCCAUCUUGUUGGCAUAUUUGUAAACAUGUGGUUGAAAUAGUUCAUGUGUUUAUAGGGCAUGUUUCACUAUGCAGGAAUACAUGUUACUCUGCUCAGUCACCAUAGUAUAUAUAUAUUUUUUUUGGUUUUUUAAAACCCGCUUGUUUGGAACAGUCACCUUGAGAUAAAUUAUUGGCAAAAUCAAGCAAUGAGACAUCUUUGGCACAACUAACUUCUGGUAUUAUAAUUUUGUCCUUCUCUACUCCCUGCUGAUAUUCAUAUGUUUAGAUUCUCACAUUUGUACAUUUCUACUACUGCACCCUGUACAUCUUGUGACUUGUUAUUGCCUAUACUUGAGUGACUAAACCAGUCAGUGGUGGUGUAUUCUGGUGUGCUAAGCUCAGGCUACAAAUUAUUCUACAGUUUUUUUUGUUAAUUUGCUAGGGGUGUGUGUUGUUUUUUUGGCUAUAAAGGGAACCUUGUAGCUGCACAAGAACCAUAAUCAGACUUGUUCAACUGCCACCCUUCAACUACCCAUAGUUUAAUAACUUUCUUUCCUCUCCUCCACACACUUCUUCAUUGAAGAAGCAGCUUAAGGUUUAGCAUAUGUCCCCAUACAUGCUCUUCUAACUACAUAAAUUCAUUAGCUGUUCUUUAAAAGCACACUUUUUUUUUUUUGAGAAUGUCUGUCUGCCUUCCAUCAGGUUGCCGGUUCCUCCUUUUUAGGACUGCUUUAGGUUCCAAAAUGAAUGUAUUGACCUCAAAUACUCAUACAGUUGCACUAGUUUACAUUAUAUUAAUGUCUGCAAUGAUCACGUAGAAGAUCCAAAAACUUGCCAAUCUUGUAAAAGUACAGUUCUCCAACUUAAGGUGUGGGGACCUGGUACAGUUUAGCUAACCGCCAUUUAACAUUGAUGGUGAGUUUUUGACAGUCUGACAUGCCUGAGCUUAUUACACCGCUUUCUUUCCCCUUACGGUUUGUAAACGUGAUCUCAAGAGUUGGUGUGGCUUACAGGUUUGUUUGAAUAUGCUAAAACUGUGCAUCCCUUUCCUACUGUUGAUCAAAUCAGAUGGAUUUUUUUUUUUCUGUUACAGUGUCUUUGGAAUGUAAAUUUAAUUGAAAUCACCAGCCAUUUUAACUUUUUUGUAUUUUCUGCAGUUUUAAUACAGAAUCUGGAUUGCACAGCUCACAUGAGGUAUUUUGGGCAAUAUAUAAUGUAUCAAAGCUGUGUGCUCUGGAGUUUCCAUAGUAUUACAAAUAAAUGUGAACAAUACAACACCCAGCCUAAAAGUUGCACUGUUAGUCUUGCUUUCUAAACUUGUGGCAGCUGAAGAGGAGAGGUGCUGAAGAACCUCAAACUACUAUUUCUGAUGACAAAAUACUUUAUCCGUGUUUGGAGUUCGGGUACUGCUCACACAUAAUGUAUAGGGCUAAAUAAUUGCUUGUUUCCUUGUGUACCUUUUUUUACCCCAUCUAUGUAGGCAAUAAAUGGCCAUUUUGCAACUGCAUAUUUGCCAUGUCUUUUUUGCUUUAAAUUUAGUAGUUGUGCACAGAUUCUUAAAACCUGUAUAUAUGUCUAUAAAAUCUAAGCCUUUUUACAUUUUAAUUCAAAGGAGCGAACGCAGCGUAAAAACUCGAUUGAAGCCUAGCAUAUUAUACAAAUUAUUUGUAUUACAUCUACACCUGCUAUGACACUUGAACAUUCAUAAAAUCUGAUGGUUUUAAUAUUAUUUAGAAAUGCUAAUUACGUAUGGGAAUGUUCUCCUCAUUUGGGUUUUAUUCACCAUUUUAGCCUAAAAUUGCCACUCCAAAUGCAGCUCUCUCAAAUAUGUUGUAGUUGGAGAAUGUUCCAAGCUCAACUAAUUAUUUGAAUAUGCAGUUCCACUGUUAUGCUCAAUUUCCA